AUGGAGAAGCAGUCGAGGUGGUCGGAGCAGCGGUCGGAGCAGCGCUCGGAGCAGCGCUCGGAGCGGCGCGAGCACGUAGUGCAGCAACAGCGCACCGAGCACCACUUCACGCAGCAGACCAUGCAGCAAGUUGAGAGCGCUGUUGGAGACAGACUACCUAUUACUUCUGGCAGACUAGGAGAUCCUUCCCCGCCAAUAUUUGAGCAAAUAUUUAAAAAUGCGAGAUUUGCACAAGGCGGAAAUGCAAAAUUCGAAGGUAAAUUAAGAGGUAAUCCUAUUCCCGUGGUUUCUUGGACCAGGAAGAAGGCACCUUUAGUGGAAUGUAAUAAAUAUAGUAUGAGCUAUAAUGAGCAAACUGGAGAUGUAUCUUUAUUAAUAAAGCAAAUAGGACCUGGAGAUGAGGGUGAAUAUACUUGCACAGCACGAAACCAGUAUGGAGAAGCGAUUUGUUCAGUUUAUAUACAACCCGAAGGCGUUCCAGUUCCAACGCAGCGAGCUUCUCAACAACAGAGCUACAGACAUGUCAGUGAAAGUGUCGAACACAAAUCAUACGGAACUCAAGGUUAUACUUCAGAGCAGACUCGUCAAUCACAAAAGUACGCGUACACAAAUGGUUCGGAAUUUUCAUCUGCUGAAGACUUUAAAGUAGAUACAUUUGAAUAUCGGCUUUUGCGAGAGAUUUCUUUCAGAGAAAGCAUUACGAAGAGGUAUACGGGUGAAAACGAUAUUCAAAUAAAUACGGAAAUUGAUAAAAACCUUGGACCAGCAUCGCCACCCAAGAUAUCCCAGAAACCUAGAAAUUCCAAACUUCAAGAAGGUGCAGACGCACAAUUUCAGGUACAGUUGUCUGGUAAUCCUAGACCACGUGUAUCCUGGUUUAAAAAUGGGCAGAGAAUAAUAAACUCAAGCAAACAUAAUAUCAUAACUACAAAUAACCAAACAAUUCUUAGGAUAAGAGAUGUUCAAAAGUCAGAUUAUGGUCAUUAUACACUUUUAGCAGAAAAUCCAAAUGGUUGCAUUGUAACUUCAGCUUAUCUUGUAGUUGAGUCUCCUCAAGAAACAUAUAAUCAAGAACAAAGAUCGCAAUAUACAGAUACCCAACAAGUCGAGACUGAAAGAAUAGAAAUUAGUGAAAAGGCUCUCGCUCCGCAAUUUGUAAAAGUCUGCCAAGAUAGAGAUGUCACAGAAGGCAAAAUGACGCGAUUCGAUUGCCGCGUUACUGGCAGACCUUACCCUGAAGUCACGUGGUUCAUUAACGAUAAACAAAUUCGAGACGAUUAUAAUCAUAAGAUACUAGUAAACGAAUCGGGUAAUCAUGCUCUUAUGAUUACAAACGUCAGUCUUAACGAUAGCGGCGUAGUAACUUGUAUAGCGCGUAACAAAAGUGGAGAAUCAUCUUUUCAAUGUCGAUUAAACGUUAUUGAAAAAGAGCAAGUUGUUGCUCCAAAAUUUGUUAAGCGUUUUAGUACACUCAGUGUACGAGAAGGAGAACCUGUACAGCUGAGUGUGCGUGCUGUUGGCACUCCUAUACCGCGUAUCACAUGGCAGAAGGACGGCGUACCGAUUAUACCCAAUCCAGAAUUACGAAUUCAAUCUGAGGGUGGGGCCUCGACAUUAGAUAUACCGCGAGCCAAGGCGUCGGAUGCGGCAUGGUAUCAAUGUACGGCUCAAAAUGUCGCAGGGUCCACCGCCACUCGGGCGAGGCUAUAUGUUGAAGUGCAAAAAGAGCCUGCGCCUGAGCAAAAACGUUUACACUUACCGCGGCCUACGAAAGUAAUUGAACCCGAGCCCGCUCCGGGACCAGAAAUUAUUUAUUUAAGGCAUGUGGAAAGGGCACGACCUUAUGUUCCUCCGGGUGAGGAAGACCGGGUUUAUCCUUCACCACAGUUCAUUGUACCCCUUAAAAGUGUAACUCAAAUGGAAGGUGGAAAAAUUCAUUUCGAGACAAGGAUAGAACCAGUUGGCGAUCCUUCGAUGAAAAUUGAAUGGCUGAAGAACGGGCAAAGUAUAGAAGCCAGUUCGAGAUUCACUUCGGUGUUCCGUUUUGGAUAUAUUUCUUUAGAUAUGUUGAGUCUUAAUAUACAAGACAGUGGUGAAUACACUUGCAGAGCUGUCAGUGCUACAGGAAUGGCAGAGACCAAAGCAAUUUUACAAGUUACCCCUCGAGCAACCAUCGAGAGAACUAGUCAACAUCCAGAGAGUCUACAAUAUAUACAGCAACUGGAAGAUUAUUCAAAAUAUCAACACCAAGAAUCUGUUGAAGAACAAACACUACAGCGACCUCAGUUUAUUAGGUCGUUACAAAAUCUUGGGGAGCUACAGGAAGGAAAAAAUGCACAUUUUGAAGCACAAUUGACACCUGUAAGUGACCCUACAAUGAGAGUAGAAUGGUACAAAGAUGGUAAGGCCAUUACAGCGAGCUCGCGAAUCACAGCAAUCUUCAACUUCGGCUACGUCUCCCUAAACAUCAUGCACCUACGGGCUGAAGAUGCAGGUUCGUAUACAGUGAGAGCUGUGAACAGGCUAGGUGAAGCUAUUAGUACCGCUACUAUUCAAGUUGCAGCGAGAAGCACAGUUACUUCAGAUCUAGGAAUACCGGAACAAAGAAGGUAUAUCGAACAAACUGAACAAUUAGAAGCGUAUCAACAUAAACAACACCAGAAAUACUAUCAAGAAGUACCAGAAAGUACACAGAGGCCAGAAUUUAAAACACCAAUAAAAGAUCAAAUAAACAUAAAGGAGGGUGGAUUUGCUCAUUUUGAAGCUCGCCUUGAACCGGUAGGAGACUCAACAUUAAAGGUAGAAUGGUUUAAAGAUGGUCGUCCUGUUGAAGCUAGCUCGAGAAUAACUACUUUCUUUAAUUUUGGUUACGUAGCAUUAACGAUUAAAUCAGUAACCGCACAUGAUGCAGGCCACUAUACAUGCCAAGCUUAUAAUGCAUUAGGUCAGGCAACGACUAGUGCAAAUCUUUCAAUUGUCACGAAGAAAGAUAUAAUUGCUGAAUCUCAACAUCCCGGAGGACUUGAGAAAAUUCAAUAUUUGGAAGACUCGAGUAAAUAUUCUAGAAGAGCUGAAGAGGAAGUGAAAAUCAAUCAGAAACCAAGAUUUUUGGGACCCCUGAAAGGGACUAAUAAAAUUGUAGAAGGCCAAAGUGCGCAUUUUGAGGCCAGGGUGGAACCGAAAAGUGAUUUAACUAUGACAAUUGAAUGGUAUUUUAACGGAAAGCAAAUAAAGUCAGCUAAUCGAAUUCAAACAUAUUAUGAUUUCGGGUACGUGGCUUUAGACAUUUCUAAUAUCCGCGCCGAAGAUUCUGGAGUUUAUACAGUAGUUGCACGUAAUAGUGCUGGUGAAGCUCAAUUGAGUUCUUCCAUGGUGGUCGAAACACGGUCUAGUAUUGACACUUCAAGUAUACAUCAUGGAUUAUAUGAAAAGACGAGACAAAUGGAGGAAUCGAAAUUUGUUGAACCUAUUUAUCACAUUGAGGAAAUUUCAAAAUCCAAACCGGUUUUUGUACAACCUUUGUCAGACUCACAGCCAGUAUCUGAGGGUAAAAAUAUUCACCUAGAAUGUCGACUUGAACCAAUGGGCGAUCCCACUAUGCGCGUCGAAUGGUUCCACAAUGGUAGAGCAGUAACUGUUGGCUCUCGGUUUAGAACUUACUAUGAUUUUGGUUUACUUGCGUUAGAUAUCAUACAUGCGACAUCAUCCGAUUCGGGUGAAUAUACUGCAAGAGCUGUUAAUCAUUUAGGAUCUGCUCACACAUCAGCAAUGGUACGUGUAAUUGAAAGAUCCGACAUCUUGACUGAUACACAAAACGAACAAGCAGUUGAACAAAUUCAGAUUCUAGAAGACGCUUCUCGUCGUAGCAGACAAAUACAGGAAGAUAUCACAGUCAUGCAAGCUCCUCAUUUUUCUCGAGCAUUGCAUAAUAUUGAAACUGUAGAAGGCACAAACGUGCAUCUAGAAUGUCGUUUACAGCCAAUUGGUGAUUCAACAAUGAAAGUUGAAUGGUUCUGUAACGGUCGACCGAUUAAGACAGGACAUAGAUUCAGACCAGCUUAUGAGUUUGACUAUGUCGCUUUGGACCUUUUAAGUGUAUAUCCUGAGGAUUCCGGAGUGUAUACUUGUCAAGCUACUAACCAAUUAGGAGAAGCUGUAACAUCAUGCGCCUUAAGAGUUAUGGCAAAGAGAGAUCUUAUCUUGGACUCACAGCAUCCUUCAAGUUUAGAGAAAAUGCAAUAUUUAGAAGAUAGUUCUCGCUACAAAAAAUCUGAUUAUAUCGAUGAAACUAUUCAUAUUAAACCACGAUUUGUUACUAAACCCAAAUCUGUCGAAAAUGUCAGAGAAAGAAAUCAUGUUCACUUUGAAUGUAAACUAGAGCCAGUGACAGACCCGAACCUUAAAGUGGAAUGGUUUAAGAAUGGCCAACCAGUAACGAUUGGUCAUAGGUUCAGACCUAUUCAUGAUUUUGGCUAUGUGGCUCUGGAUAUUAUCGAUGUUAUAGCUGAAGAUUCGGGAAUAUAUACAUGUAGAGCUGUAAAUCUUAUUGGAACUGAUGAAGUUAGUUGUAGAUUAACGUGCCGAGAAACAGCUGAUAUAAUUCGAGCAACACAAAAUGAAGCCGGUUUGGAACAGAUUCAAGUUUUAGAAGAUAGAUCUAGAUAUCAUAGAACCGAUGUUACCGAUGAAGUGACUACACAAGCGCCUAUCUUCACAACGUCCUUAAAAAAUGUUGAAAUUAAUGAAGGGCAACGUGCUCACUUUGAAUGUAGAUUGAUUCCAGUUUCGGAUGCAACAAUGAAAGUAGAAUGGUAUCAUAAUAAUAAGCCCCUUAAGAGUGGAUCCAGGUUUACAGAAACUAAUAACUUUGGAUUUGUCGCGUUGGAUAUAAUGGCUUGUUUACCAGAGGAUUCUGGAACGUACACGUGUAGAGCAAUAAACGCUUUAGGAGAAGCAGUCACAUCUGGUACAGCAUGUGUAUACUCUAAGAAAUCAAUAUAUCUAGAGUCUCAACACGAAGGAGCAUUGCCCAGACUUACUCAAUUAGAGGACUCGUCAAGACACCACAGGCAAACUAUUCAGGAAGAAACAGUAACUCAGGCUCCUGUUUUCACAAUGCCCAUGAAAGAUAUAAGGGUGGCUGAAAAUCAAGCAGUACAUUUUGAAGCUAGGCUCAUCCCUGUGGGAGAUCCUAAAUUAAGAGUGGAAUGGUUGCGUAACGGAGUUCCAAUUGAAGCUUCUAAUCGGAUUACAACAAUGCACGAUUUUGGAUACGUCGCUUUAAAUAUGAAGUAUGUUAACCCUGAAGAUUCUGGUACUUACACUUGUCGUGCAAUCAAUGAGCUGGGAGAAGCUGUUACAUCCUCCACAUUAUUUGUGCAAUCUAAAGCAUCGUUACAAUUGGAAUCGCAACAUGAAGUUGCAUUACAAAAAAUUCAACAGUUAGAGGAUGCUACUCGUUAUCAGCGAAGAGAAGAAGUUGAAAUGGCCAUAAAUCAAAUUCCAAGGUUUGUUACACAGUUAAAUGGUCCUACAAAAUUAGUUGAAGGACAAAGUGCACACUACGAAUGCCGUAUUGAACCCUAUCCUGACCCAAAUAUGCGCGUGGAAUGGUACUUUAACGGUAAAGUACUACAAAGUGGACAUCGGUACCGCACAGCGUACGAUUUUGGAUUUGCUGCUUUAGAUAUACUAACUGUAUAUGGAGAAGAUUCUGGCGAAUACACCUGCAAAGUUAUCAAUAAUUUAGGUCAAGCGACUUCAUCUGUAAAUCUUAAUGUUCAAUCAAAAGAAUCAAUUAUCAGAGAAACACAACACGAAAGCGCUUUAGAAAAAAUCCAAUAUCUCGAAGAUGAUAGUCGACAUAAACGUGUUGUACGGGAAGAAGGAUUCAUUGCGGAGAAACCUCAAUUUGGAAAACCUUUGAAGAAUGUUCAUGUUCCUGAAGGUCAACCUGUGCAUUUGGAAGCCACUUUAACUCCUGUCAAUGAUCCCACUAUGCGUGUUGAAUGGUACUGCAACGGAAGGCCAAUUCAACAAGGACAUAGAUUUAAAACUACUUAUGACUUUGGAUAUGUUGCUUUAGAUAUUUUAUAUGCAUAUGCGGAAGAUUCUGGAACUUACAUGUGCAAAGCUACAAAUGCUUUGGGAGAAGCUGUAACAACUAGUUCAGUGAAUGUGGAUGCUAAUGCUUCACUGUAUCUUGAUACGCUGGAUGAACAGCGAUUGAAGAAGAUUAAAGAGUUAGAACAAUAUGAGAGACCUAAACCUAUUGAAGAGGAAAAACCAGGCCAGAGGCCAGUGUUUUUAACUGCUCUAACAAGUAUAGAAAACUUGAAAGAAGGUGACCGCGCUCACUUUGAAUGUAGAGUCGAGCCAAUUAAUGACCCAUAUCUCAAAAUUGAAUGGUUCAUAAAUGGCCAAAAAAUUAAAACAGGGCACAGAUUCCGGACAACACAUGAUUUCGGAUACGUCGCCUUAGAUAUAUUAUAUUCAUAUGCAGAAGAUUCUGGAACUUAUAUGUGCAAAGCUACCAAUAAACUCGGAGAAGCUGUUAAUACAUGCACGUUGAAGGUUGCAAGCCAUCGUAGUAUAAUUUUGGAUACUCAACAUCCCAACGGUUUAGAAAAAAUUAGACAACUUGAAGCACAAGGUCAUCAGACUAGAAUCGAAGUGGAGGAGCCACAAAUUUACGCUCCGAGAUUCGUUACAGAACUCAGAGGAACAAAACAUGUCCUAGAAGGUGAAACUGCACACUUCGAAUGUCAAGUUGAGCCAGUUCAUGACUCCAAUUUACGUAUUGAAUUUUAUCACAAUGGAAAAGCUCUGCAAUCUGCAUCACGGUUCCAUAUCACUUUUGAUUUUGGUUAUGUGUCAUUAGAUAUACAACAUUGUGUACCUGAAGAUGCCGGAGAAUAUUCUGUAAAAGCCAUAAAUGCACUUGGUCAGUGUACUUCUUCAAUAUCAAUGACAGUAACUGCAAAAGGUAGUAUUAUAUCGGAAUCUCAACGUCCCGAAGGUCUCGAGAAAAUCCGAGAAUUAGAAUCGACAGAACCAUUUAAGCGACCUGAAAUUCCGGAGCCUGUCACUAGGCAAAGACCUGUAUUUACACAGCCUCUUCAGAAUAUCGACAACAUACAAGAAGGGCAAACAGCACAUUUUGAUUGUAGAUUAAUUCCUGUUGGAGAUCCAACCCUAAAAGUUGAAUGGUUUAGAAACGAAAAAUUAAUUGAAGACAGUUCCAGAAUAACUAAAACCCAUGACUUUGGAUAUGUUUCCAUGACAAUUUCUCACGUCCGAGAUGAAGAUGAGGGAGUAUACAUGUGUAGAGCAUCCAAUUUACUUGGAGAAGCAGUGACUACGGCGGCAAUGAGAAUUAAAACUAAAGCCGCAAUUCAAAUGGAUACGCAACAUCCCGAGGGUAUGAAGAAAAUUCAGAAAUUAGAGGAACCUCUAACAAGGAAAACAGAGGAACCAGAGCGUGAAUUUGAAAAGCCCAUUUUUACUCAAGUACUUACUGGUCCAUCAGAAUUAUGGGAGGGACAACACGCUCAUUAUGAAGCCCGUGUGGUGCCAGUCGGCGACCCUAGUCUAAGAUUUGAAUGGUAUAUUAACGGUGUUGAACUUAAAAUGGGCUCACGAUUCCGCACCACGCACGAUUUUGGUUUCGUAACAUUAGACAUUAAUUCUGUAGUGGCCAAUGAUGCCGGCGUAUACAUGUGUAAAGCUAUCAAUAGAGCCGGAAGCACUGUUUCAUCCGCUUCACUCAAAGUCAAAACUAAGUCAACUAUUGUUGACGAGGCAAUGAGACCAGAAUCUUGGCAGCAAAUUCAAUUAAAAGAAGCCGCUAUGAACAAAGUUCCAGAGAUGUUUGUUGAUACUGGGGUGCAACAAGCGCCUAUUUUCACAACACAUCUUAAGAGUUACGAUAAGCUUGUUGAAGGACAGCAUGUUUAUUUGGAAGCCCAAGUUGAACCUCGCACUGAUCCCAAUCUAAGAAUUGAAUGGUUUAAGAACAGUGUAUCUUUAACUACAGGUUCAAGACUAAAGAGUACAUUUGACUUUGGUUUGGUUACGCUUUCUAUAAAUUCAAUAAGAAUCGAUGACUCUGGUAUUUAUACAUGCAAAGCCACUAAUUUGAUGGGUGAAGCAGUUUCAACUGCAUCAAUUAAAAUUGAAGAUCGUCAUUGGUUACUUGGAGACAGUCUUCAUCCACAAUCUUUAGAUCGCAUUGGAGCUUUAGAACAACCAAAACCAGGUAAACCUGAGUCACCUGAGCCAGUAUAUGAAACACCCGUUUUCAUUUCUCACCUCAAUAACAUAAUAUGUAAGGAGGGUGAUAAUAUUCACUUUGAGUGCAAUGUGGAGCCGUCUAGAGACCCAACCUUAAAAAUAGAGUGGUUCUUUAAUAAUAAGCCCUUACCAUCGGGCACUAGAUACAAAAGCACUCAUGAUUUCGGUUACGUAUCAUUAGAUGUAACUCAUACGUAUGAAGAGGAUUCAGGUAUUUAUACAUGUAAAGCAACAAACAGUAAAGGUUUUGCUACAACAUCCGGAAGCUUAAGAUGCACUGGAGACAAACAUAUAUAUCUUGAUACGCAACAUCCUCAAGGCAAGGCUGGCUUAGAAGCUGUAGAACAGGCUGAAGAAGCCAGACUUUCCAAGGGCCGUAGACUCUCGGUUCCAGACACUGAAUAUCCGAAACCUGAGUGGGUUGUACCGGUAAAUGCGGAACUACAGUUAAUAGAAGGACAGUCUCUACAUCUCGAAGGACAAGUUGAACCAAAGAACGAUCCUGAUCUAAAGAUCGAAUGGUAUUUCAACGGUAAAAUCCUCGAACAAGGAUCUAGAUUUAAACUAUCCAGUGAUUUUGGUUUUGUAACAUUAGACGUAACAGAUGUCUAUGAAAGAGAUAGUGGUAUUUAUACAUGCAAAGCCUAUAAUAGGAAGGGCGAAGCCUUUACUUCCUCUACCAUAUAUUGCAUUACUAAGGAAAAUCUUAUAGAGAGAACCCAACAUCCUAAAGGCGCAGAAGGAUUAGAGAAAAUUCAAAAUCUUGAAGAAUCUCUCCGUCGUGAACCUGGACAAAAAGCAGAUGAUGACACAGGAAGACCACCUGAAUUUAUAACAGUAUUCCAAGAUAUUACUGACAUUAGCGAAGGACAAAUAGCCCAUUAUGAAGCUUCCCUUAUACCCACUGGUGAUCAAAGUAUGGUUAUUGAAUGGUUCUACAAUGGCAAAACAAUUGAAGCCAGCCACCGAAUACGCACGGUUUAUGCCUUUGGCAUGGUAGUACUUGAGAUUCUGGGAACGAAAACUAAUGAUUCUGGAAUAUAUUCCUGUCGUGCCACUAAUAGAUGGGGAAAGGCGGAAAUAAGUGUGAAACUUGACUGUGUUGAUAAGACCAAAGGCCAGAAACCAAGGUUUACUACUCAUAUACAAAAUAUCGAGGGUCUUAAAGAUGGUCAAUCGGCCCACUUUGAAUGUACUGUAGUGCCCGUGGAUGAUCCGGAUAUGAAAAUUGAAUGGUAUCAUAACGGCCAUCUCUUGCGUCACUCUACUAGGAUAAAAACAAUAUCUGAUUUCGGGUUUGUUGUUCUUGACAUAGCUUAUACUCAGAAUCAUGACUCAGGUGAAUAUGUUUGCCGCGCUUUUAAUAAAUAUGGUGAAGAUUUUACUAAAGCCACAAUAUCUUGCUAUGGCAGAAGUGGAGUGUUUUCAGAUAGUUUACAACCAGAAUCACUAGCUAAAAUAAGAGAAUUAGAAAGCUUACAAGGAAUUCAACAGCAAGCAUUAACACCAGCUGCAUCCGUUCCACCUAAGUUUAUUACGCAAAUAGAAAACGUGACUAAACUAGUUGAAGGACAAAGCGCACACUUUGAAGCAAGACUUAUUCCUGUAGACGAUCCCGAUUUAAAGGUAGAAUGGUUCUACAACGGCAAAAAAUUACCCCACGGGCACAGGUAUAGAACUUUCCAUGACUUUGGCAUAGUUAUUUUGGAUAUAUUAUAUUGCUAUGAAGAAAAUUCUGGAGAAUAUGAAUGCGUUGCAACUAAUAAGUUAGGCAGUGAUUCAACUAAAGCUGUAUUGAAGUGUACAUCAAAGGAGAAUUUAAUCUUGGACUCGCAACUACCGCGGGGCAUGGAAGGAGGGUUAGAGAAGCUGCAAACUCUGGAGGAUUCUAUGAUACGUCGGAAAGAUACCGAAAUUGAAGAGAAACGCGGUAAAGCUCCGGUCUUUACGGUACCAUUGUCAAAUAUUGAUAAUUUAAGGGAAGGUGAAAAUGCUCACUUUGAAGCUCGUCUCACACCUACUGAUGAUCCCAAUCUGAAGGUGGAGUGGUAUUGGAACGGUAAAUCAUUAAAAGCAGGGUCAAGAUUUAGAACAUUCUGUGACUUUGGUUUUGUAAUUCUUGAAAUAUCACCGACGUAUCCAGAAGAUUCUGGUGAAUAUUUAUGCAGAGCCUUUAACAAUUAUGGUGAAGCUGUAACCACAGCUUCAAUGAAAGUUCAAGGAAAGAGGAAUAUUAUAUUAGAAUCUCAAUUGCCGAAAGGAAUGGAAGGUACUAUUGACAAAAUAGCUGCUCUAGAGGGUUACACUGGAACUUCCGAUACUUUAUCACCAGAAACCGAGAGCGGAAAGCCGCCAGAAUUUUUAACAACACCGUCUGAUCAAAUUCUCACGGAAAAUUCCUCUGCGCAUUUCGAAUGCAGAUUAGUCCCAAUUAACGAUUCCAGUAUGAUAGUUGAAUGGUUCCACAAUGGUAAACCCCUGCUUACUGGAUCUCGCGUCAAAACUAUUAAUGAUUUCGGAUUUGUUAUAUUAGAAAUUGGAGGUGUUUAUCAACGUGAUGCUGGACUUUAUACUUGUAAAGCUACAAACCGCCAUGGUGAAGCCACAGUAUCUUGUAAACUUCAAGUUAAAGGUAGGCAGGGUAUAAUCUUGGAGCCACAACUUCCAUCACAUUUUAAAUCUGGAACUGAAAGCAUACAAAAAUUGGAAGAAACCUUACAUAAAAGGGAGGAAAUAACUAUUGAAGACGAAAAACCAAAUCCGCCACGAUUUACAGUCGAAAUCAAGGAUAACCUUGACGUGUCUGAGGGUGGACCAAUACACUUUGACUGCCGUGUGGAGCCCGUGGGAGAUCCAACUAUGAGAAUUGAUUGGUUCCACAACGGUAGACCUUUCGCUACAGGAUCUCGAGUUCAUAUGUUAAAUGAUUUUGGUUUCGUUGCUUUAGACAUCGAUUACAUUUACACACGGGAUGUUGGAGAAUAUACAUGUAGAGCAACUAAUAAAUGGGGUUCUGCUACAACUACCGCUAAAGUUACAUGCAGCACUAAACGAGAUAUUGUUUUGGACUCGCAACUACCUCAAGGAAUGAGCGGAGAAAAGAUAAAAGAGUUGGAAAAAGGUCGUGUAAGUGAACUACCUAAAGAAGAGUCAAUAGUAACCUCACCACCUAAAUUUAUUACACAAAUACAGUCACAUACAAUUGAAGAAUCAGAGUCUGUGCGAUUUGAGUGCCGCGUUGAACCAAAAGAGGAUCCCAAGUUACGUAUCGAGUGGUAUCGCAAUGGAAAGUUAUUGCCUACGGGGCACAGAUUCCGCACCGUCUACGACAUGGGAUUUGUUUCAUUAGAUAUUCUUUACGUGUAUGCUGAAGACUCAGGUGAAUAUGUCUGUCGAGCUGUUAACGACUUCGGUGAAGAUCUUACCAAGGCUACUGUAUCGUGCAAGAAACUUCCCGAUAUCAUUCUACAAAAUCAAGUACCAAAGGGAAUGAAAAGAUCUGAAGCUUUAACUCAAAUGGAAGCUACUAUAAAGAAAUACACUUCGGAAGUAUUUUUAACUGAAGAUGAUUUAUACGACGCUGAUAAAAAGCAGCCGCCACGUUUUGUAACCCAAAUACAAAGUCAAACAAAGUUGAUGGAAAUGGAAACAACUAAAUUUGAGUGUCAGCUGGCACCUGUAGGCGAUCCUAAUAUGAAAGUGGAAUGGUUCUUUAACGGCAAACCGCUCUUGCAUAAAAAUCGUUUUACACCGAUCUAUGAUUUUGGAUAUGUUGCUAUGAAUUUCGGUUGGGUUUACCCUGAAGAUAGCGGGGAGUACCUUUGUCGGGCUACCAAUUUAUAUGGAAUGGAUGAAACAAGAGCUGUCAUAAAGACCACCGGAAAACCCGGUAUUGUGUACGAUUCUCAAUUACCUAAACAUAUGAAGAGUAUUGAACGCAUCAGAGAGAUGGAAGCUUCUUGGCAAGUAGUACCAGAACAAGUUGUUGAAGAAACAAAGCCACGUUCGGCCCCAGUAUUUGUCAGCCGUCCUGAACCCGUAACAGUUGAGGAAGGUGAAUGGGCCAGAUUUUGCUGCCGUGUCACAGGACACCCAAAGCCUCGCGUAAUGUGGCUAAUAAAUGGAAAUACUAUUGUUAAUGGGUCUAGAUAUAAGUUAACAUAUGAUGGAAUGUACCACCUCGAUAUACCAAAAACAAGGCAGUAUGAUACCGGUAAAAUUGAAGUUAUUGCAAGAAGCUCUGCAGGAGAGGCUUUAGCAACAACCGAGUUGAAAGUUAUACCAAGGCACGAUGAUUAUAGAGGUGUACUCAAAAACGCUCCAAGACCUUGGUAUGAUGAAGUAUCUCAAUACCAGAGAACCGAAACUGAAUUAGAAAAAACAUUCGAAGAGAGGCAAGCUAUGCAACGUCAGGGAGUAAUUGAUUACAAACCAGACCUUAAACAAAGAAAUCUUAAGGAAAGUGACACUGAAUGGCAACAAACAGUUAAGAAGAAGAAGAACGAAGAAUACUACAAUAAACUUCAGGAGUUAGAACAUGAACAGAUAGUGAAAGAGAGCCGACUUCGAGAAUCAUCCCAUCAAUAUGCCAUACCUGGUGAAAAAGUAACGAGUUCCUCUGUUGCUAGAAGUAUGGCUCAGAAGUAUGAAAAAAAUCUAGACCAAUCUGAAGAAAUAAUUGAGAAUCAAACAGCGAAGCAGACUAAAAUUCAAAAGCCAAGAAUACCUGGACCAUCUGAAUCAACUGUUCAUGGUAAAGAGGUACAUGUAGCUAAGCAGAAACAAAUACAAAAAGAAGUUGUUGGUGAUACAGAAAUAACUCGCAAAAUUACAUCGACGGAAACAACGGAAGUUGAGCAUAAAUCACAAACACAAGAAAGAGUUGUAGAAGGUCCUGUAAAACCAUCAAACCCUCCGGUAUUCACAAAGAAAAUGCAACCUUGCCGUGUAUUCGAACACGAACAGGCAAGAUUCGAAGUUGAAUUUGAUGGCGAUCCUUUACCAACUAUAAAAUGGUAUCGCGAGAACUUUCCCAUUAAAAACUCGCCUGACUUCCAAAUUCAUACUUUUAGUACAAAAUCCAUUCUUAUUAUAAGGCAAGUUUUCAUUGAGGAUUCAGCUGUAUUUGCUGCUGUUGCUGAAAAUAGGGGAGGUACUGCUAAAUGUAGUGCAAACUUAGUUGUUGAGGAGCGUAGGCGUCAAGGAAGAGGCGGUGUAAUACCCCCAAGCUUUACAUUGACUGCACAAAAUGUAAACGUUACAUCUGGUCAACUUGUACGAUUUGAUACUAAAGUUUCUGGAACGAAGCCUAUUGACGUUUAUUGGUUAAAAAAUGGAAAGAAAGUUCAACCAGAUAUAAGAAACAAAAUAUUAGAAGAAGAUGGAACUUACACUCUUCUUAUUUUAGAAGCCUUUCCUCAAGAUUCGGGAAAAUAUGAAUGCGUCGCAAUUAAUAAUGCUGGAGAAGCAAGAUGUGAUGCUGAAUGUACAGUCAAUACGCCAGCUACAAAAGAAAAACCAAAAUCUCAAACAAAGUCAGCUAAUGCUUCCCCUGAAGUUAUUGAGCCACUAAAAGAUAAAGUUAUCACGGAAGGACAAGCGGUUGAAUUUAGUUGUAAAAUCGUAGGCAAACCUAUUCCUACAGUACAAUGGUAUAAAGGAGAUAAAUUGAUAAAACCCUCGAAGUAUUUCCAAAUGUCUCGGACUGCGGAUGAUUACACUUUACGAAUAUCUGAAGCCUUCCCUGAAGAUGAAGGUGAUUAUAAGUGUGUUGCUUAUAAUUCUGCCGGAAGAGUGACUGUUUCGGCAAAACUUAAGGUAACCCAGCCAGAUCAAGCAGAGGAUUUACCAAAUCUUACUCCUCUUCGUGACAUUGUCGUGUACGAAGGCCAGCCUGCCCAGUUCAAAACACAUAUUACUAGUAAAGUAAAGCCGACUAUUCAGUGGCUUCGGGAAGGUGCUCUUAUACCUGAGACUCCCGAUUUUCAAAUGAUCCAUGAAGGUACCAAUGCUGUUCUACUGAUCGGCAAUACCUACGAGGAAGACACCGGUAUCUUCACUUGUCGUGCCACCACAGCCGCCGGCCAGGUCGAGACCUCGGCUAAGCUAGUCGUCAAAAAAUCAAGGAAAGUUACUUCACAGAAAAUUUAUGGAAAAGAAACAGAUAUAACAUCGUUAGAAAAAGUGGAUUCCUCUAAGGUAACCAAUAAAGUGUUACAACAAACAACUGAAGAAAGUAAUAUAUUAAUAUUAAAGCAAGUCGAAGAUGUACAAUCACGCCAAGUACCUUGGAGAAAACGAAGUGAAACUACAGUUAAAGAUUUAGAAACAAAGCAUUGGAGAAAAUCACGAAAUGAAACUAAAACUUCAGUUGAAAAACUCAACCUUUUGGAGGAUUCCGAGAUCCUCACUGUAGAAAACCAAAAAGAAAUAAAUGAAAUAAAACAAAACGAAGAUGUCCAGACUACAAAUUGGAGGAAGCCAAAGUUUUUAAGCAAACAGAAAAUCGUUGAAGGUCCCUUAGAAAAAGGCAAAGAUAAAAAAGUAACUGCAGAAUUAAAUCUUCAACAUAAACAAAUGGAACAGAAUACGGAAGACACGAAAGUGGAACGCAACGAGAAAUUGAAAGUUAGAAAAGGCAAAACUUCAUAUGAUCAAAUAAAUAACGAACAAAUUCAACCUUGGACUAAAGAAGCUAUCAAUCUAAGACCUACAAAAACAGAAAAAUCGGAAGUUGUAAAGCAAAAGAUAGAAGAUGUUACAUUAAAACAAGUGAGAAAAAAAUCGUUACAAAAGUCAGAAGAAGUGAUGCUCGAAGAGUCACUGACAUCUGUAGAAGAUACAAUUAUUCUUAAAAUUACAAACGAAUCAAACGUAUAUUCUGAGGGCGUUACUAAGGCUGAGGAAAGAACUUUCAAAAAUAUGAAUUUUGAAGAACAAAAGAAACCCGAAGCGGCAUCUUGGCGGUCUAGUAAAAGACGACCUAAAAAAGAAGUGCCAGUAGAAGACCAUCAAAUUAAACCUCAACAACACCAACAGAAAUCAGAAGAAGAAAAACCAGAGGAAGUUAAACUUAAACCUGUAAAGAAAGACAAACGUCAAGAGGAGGUCCAACCCGAAGAAAUAAAAUGGCCUAUAGGUAUGCAGCGGCUGAAAGAAGAACAACCAGUUGAAGAGGUGGUUCUAAAGCCUAUACCGAAGCAAAAAGUACAAGAAGAAGUAAAACCAGAGGAAGUCAAACUUAAGCCUAUAAAGAAAGACAAACGUGAAGAGGAGGUCCAACCCGAAGAGAUAAAAUGGCCUACGGGUAAACAACGGCCAAAAGAAGAACAGCCAGUGGAAGAGGUCGUUCUAGAGCCUAUACAAAAGCAAAAAGUACAGGAAGAAGUAAAACCAGAGGAAGUUAUUCUUCAGCCUGUGAAAAAAGAGAAACCUCAAGAGGAUAAAAAACCCGAAGCGGUAUCUUGGCGCUCUGGUAAAAGACGACCUAAAGAAGAAGUGCCAGUUGAAAACGAUGAAAUUAAGCCUCAACAACAGCAAGAAAAACCAGAAGAAGACAAACAGGAGGAAGUUCAACUUAAACCUGUAAAGAAAGACAAACAUGAAGAGGAGGUCCAACCCGAAGAAAUAAAAUGGCCUACAGGUAAACAGCGGCCAAAAGAAGAACAGUCAGUUGAAGAGGUAGUUCUAAAGCCUAUACCGAAGCAAAAAGUACAGGAAGAAGCAAAACCAGAGGAAGUUAUUCUUAAGCCUGUAAAAAAAGAGAAACCUCAAGAUGAUAAAAAACCCGAAGCGGUAUCUUGGCGCUCUGGUAAAAGACGACCUAAAAAAGAAGUGCCAGUUGAAGAAGAUGAAAUCAAACCUCAACAACAGCAAGAAAAACCAGAAGAAGACAAACCGGAGGAAGUUCAACUUAAACCUGUAAAGAAAGACAAACAUGAAAAGGAGGUCCAACCCGAAGAAAUAAAAUGGCCUACAGGUAAGCGACGGCUAAAAGAAGAACAACCAGCUGAAGAGGUCGUUCUAAAGCCUAUACCGAAGCAAAAAGUUCAAGAAGAAGUAAAACCAGAGGAAGUUAAACUUAAACCUGUAAAGAAAGAAAAACGUGAACAGGAGGUCCAACCCGAAGAAAUAAAAUGGCCUACAGGUAAACAGCGGCCAAAAGAAGAACAGCCAGUUGAAGAGGUCGUUCUAAAGCCUAUACCGAAGCAAAAAGUACAAGAAGAAGUAAAACCAGAGGAAGUUAAACUUAAACCUGUAAAGAAAGAAAAACGUGAACAGGAGGUCCAACCCGAAGAAAUAAAAUGGCCUAAGGGUAAACAGCGGCCAAAAGAAGAACAGCUAGUUGAAGAGGUCGUUCUAAAGCCUAUACCGAAAGAAAAAGUACAGGAAGAAGUAAAACCAGAGGAAGUUAUUCUUCAGCCUGUGAAAAAAGAAAAACCUCAAGAGGAUAAAAAACCCGAAGCGAUAUCUUGGCGCCCUGGUAAAAGACGACCUAAAGAAGAAGUGCCAGUUGAAGAAGAUGAAAUCAAACCUCAAAAACAGCAAGAAAAACCAGAAGAAGACAAACCGGAGGAAGUUCAACUUAAACCUGUAAAGAAAGACAAACAUGAAGAGGAGGUCCAACCCGAAGAAAUAAAAUGGCCUACAGGUAAGCGACGGCUAAAUAAAGAACAGCCAGCUGAAGAGGUCGUUCUAAAGCCUAUACCGAAGCAAAAAGUACAAGAAGAAGUAAAACCAGAAGAAGUUAAACUUAAACCUGUAAAGAAAAACAAACGUGAAGAGGAGGUCCAACCCGAAGAAAUAAAAUGGCCUACAGGUAAACAGCGGCCAAAAGAAGAACAGCCAGUUGAAGAGGUCGUUCUAAAGCCUAUACCGAAAGAAAAAGUACAGGAAGAAGUAAAACCAGAGGAAGUUAUUCUUCAGCCUGUGAAAAAAGAAAAACCUCAAGAGGAUAAAAAACCCGAAGCGAUAUCUUGGCGCUCUGGUAAAAGACGACCUAAAGAAGAAGUGCCAGUUGAAGAAGAUGAAAUCAAACCUCAAAAACAGCAAGAAAAACCAGAAGAAGACAAACCGGAGGAAGUUCAACUUAAACCUGUAAAGAAAGACAAACAUGAAGAGGUGGUCCAACCCGAAGAGAUAAAAUGGCCUACAGGUAAACAGCGGCCAAAAGAAGAACAGCCAGUUGAAGAGGUCGUUCUAAAGCCUAUACCGAAGCAAAAAGUACAAGAAGAAGUAAAACCAGAGGAAGUCAAACUUAAGCCUAUAAAGAAAGACAAACGUGAAGAGGAGGUCCAACCCGAAGAGAUAAAAUGGCCUACGGGUAAACAACGGCCAAAAGAAGAACAGCCAGUGGAAGAGGUCGUUCUAGAGCCUAUACAAAAGCAAAAAGUACAGGAAGAAGUAAAACCAGAGGAAGUUAUUCUUCAGCCUGUGAAAAAAGAGAAACCUCAAGAGGAUAAAAAACCCGAAGCGGUAUCUUGGCGCUCUGGUAAAAGACGACCUAAAGAAGAAGUGCCAGUUGAAAACGAUGAAAUUAAGCCUCAACAACAGCAAGAAAAACCAGAAGAAGACAAACAGGAGGAAGUUCAACUUAAACCUGUAAAGAAAGACAAACAUGAAGAGGAGGUCCAACCCGAAGAAAUAAAAUGGCCUACAGGUAAACAGCGGCCAAAAGAAGAACAGCCAGUUGAAGAGGUCGUUCUAAAGCCUAUACCGAAGCAAAAAGUACAGGAAGAAGUAAAACCAGAGGAAGUUAAACUUAAACCUGUAAAGAAAGACAAACGUGAAGAGGAGGUCCAACCCGAAGAAAUAAAAUGGCCUACAGGUAAACGGCGGCCAAUAGAAGAACAGCCAGUUGAAGAGGUCCUUCUAAAGCCUAUACCGAAGCAAAAAGUACAAGAAGAAGUAAAACCAGAGGAAGUCAAACUUAAGCCUAUAAAGAAAGACAAACGUGAAGAGGAGGUCCAACCCGAAGAGAUAAAAUGGCCUACAGGUAAACAGCGGCCAAAAGAAGAACAGCCAGUUGAAGAGGUCGUUCUAAAGCCCAUACCGAAGCAAAAACUACAGGAAGAAGUAAAACCAGAGGAAGUUAAACCAGAGGAAGUUAAACUUAAACCUGUAAAGAAAGACAAACGUGAAGAGGAGGUCCAACCCGAAGAAAUAAAAUGGCCUACAGGUAAACAACGGCCAAAAGAAGAACAUCCAGUUGAAGAUGAAGAAAUUAAACCUCAACAACAGCAAGUGAAACCUGAGGAAGUUAAACUUAAAUCUUUAAAGAAAGACAAACGUGUAGAGGAGGUCAAACUUGAUGAAAAUUAUGGGAUUAUAGAGCCCUUGGAAAGUGACAAAAAUGAUAUGGAAACUGCUAUUGAAGAAAACUGCAGUAUUGUUUCAAUAUCAUCUGAAAGAAAAAUUAAAAAGCGUUUGAAAAAAAAUGAAAGCGUUGUUGAAACUACGCGACACUUUGAAGAAGAUGGACCUAAAAUAAUACAGCCCCUUAAAGCCAUCACAGUAUUAGAUAAUAAUGAAUUUGAACUUGACGUAGCAUUUAAACCAGACGUAAUAGAUAAGAUUACUUGGUAUCAUAAUAAUCAAAAACUUGAGCAGAGUGGUGACUGUUAUAUUAGAACAGAAAAUGGAAAAUCCAAAAUAAAAAUAUCUAAGGCGGAUAAAAAGAAAGUAGGCAAAUACGAAGUAGUAAUCGAAAAAGGUGAUAAUAUAGUCAAAUCGGCAAGCAGCAUUAAACUAUUCCAAUCGAAGAAUGAACUGGUAGAACCUCCGACUUUUAUUAAAGUCCUAGAACCUACGGGGGUUCAUUUAGGCGAUAUAGUUCUAUUGGAAAUUGAAGUGAUAUCACAACCUUUGGCCUCAUUUCAGUGGUUCAUUGGUAAUAAAGAUAUUAUAAGCUAUACAAAAGAAAAUAAAAUACACAAUAUAUAUAUUACAAAUAAAGAAAACGUGUCAUGUCUUUGUAUAGAAAAUAUGACACAAGAAUUAUUUGGAAUAAUAACAUGCAGGGCAGAAAAUUUUGGUGGCUCAGUAGCAUGUUCUUCAUCACUAUAUGUGAUGAAAGAUGAUAAUGAGACAAUAGGACAGGCUCCAAAAUUCUUGUCACAUCUUAAGCCUACGAUUGUUAUGGAUGGCGAUCCAAUAUUACUUCAGUGUACGAUAACAGGAGAUCCUUUUCCCCAAGUUAAUUGGUACCAUAAUGGAAAGUUGAUUCAAUGGGCAAGAGAUAUAAUAAUUGGCCGUCAGAAAUCUGGCUUAAAUGAAAUUUGCAUAAAAGAGGCAUUUCCUGAAAUGUCAGGCAAUUAUAGUUGUGUAGCUACAAAUAAUUUUGGAACUAGCAGCUCUGAAUGUGUUGUCACCGUGGAAGCAUAUGAGUACGUACCGAGUGCCUCUGAAGAAGACAUCCUAAGUGACGAGAAGGCAAGCGAUAUUGAAGAGUUUGCUCCCAUAAUGGUAAAAGCUUUACCAACGGUAGUAACAACGUCUGAAGGGGAUUUGACAAGAUUGGAAGCUAAAGCAAUUGGUAUGCCAAAGCCGGAAAUAAGAUGGCUUAAACAAGGUAUAGAAAUUAAUCAGUCGCAAGAGUAUCAAAUUGAAGAGUUGGAAGAUGGAACAUCUAUUUUAAUUUUACCCGAAGUAUAUCAAGAUGAUACAGGAGAAAUUUCUUUUGAAGCUCAUAACUAUCUUGGCGUUACGUCCACUAUUGCAGCUCUUUCCGUCGAAAGUAUCGUUGGAACAAAAGAGUACCGAAAACCCGAAUGGGUAAUACACAUGGAAGAUUUGCAAGCUUCUCUGAAAGCAACUCAGGCAGUGCCCACAUUUAUUAAGCAAAUUAUAGGAGAAAGAGUUAAAGAAGGAGAAUCGGUAGUAUUUGAAGCUACUUACAGUGGUAACCCGGUACCAGAAAUUGUGUGGUAUAAGGACGACAAGAUUAUAAAAACCAAUGAGAAUUAUGUGAUUGAGCAUAAAGAUAACUUGACUAUUUGCAAAAUACCGAAAGCCAAAAAAGAACUCGAAGGUAUCUAUAAAUGCAAGGCUUUUAGUGAUAUAGGUAUGGCGAUAACUAAAGCUACUUUACAAGUAUUCGAAUCAGUAGAAAAGAUUGAAAAAAAUCUUGCACAAAUAACUAAAACCAAAAUACUCAAAAAAGAAGAGGUAAUAAAAACUGGUAAGGAAAAAUUAAAAUCUGAGAUAGAAACAGAAGAUAAUGAAAGAGAUAAUACAAAUAAAAAACCACCUUCACGUAAUGUAGAACCCGUAGUUGUACCAAGUGAACAAAUAAUUUCUUCCGAACAACAGAAAGAAGAAAUGGUAAAAACGUUAGACAAAUUCGUUUUUGACAGUCAAAAGGCAAUUAUAAAAACAGUUGAAGAAAGUACAAAUAUGGUUGCUGAAGUAAAUGAAUUGCUUGAAGUAUUACAUGCAAAAGAAUUUGGUCCAGGAGAAUCAACAUUACGGGAGUUAGCUAAAAUAGGUUACCUGUUGAGAAGCGGAGUUUCAACAGAACAAAUCGAGACAUUGUAUGAUUCGGAAUAUUUUCCAGCUUUAAGAAUGCCUCAAUCGCAAGCUGCGUUGGUACAAUUAGUAGAGAGGGAAGGUCACAGUGCACUCAUUACAAAUGUUUUCACACAAGAGACAGUUCAAGAAGAGGAUGUUAUCGCUUCGAAGGUUGGUUUCAAGGCCUUUAUGAAUAUGGUCGAGUUAAGGCAUGCCACCGUCGAAGAGGUCAUUUCUCAUCUAUACCCUCAGGACUUUGAAGCCCGUUCCUGGGAACAAAAAGAAGCGCAAGAGGUUGUGGUAGAAUCUCCUGCCAAAAACCUUGCCACGCAAUCGUCUAUACUUGUUUUGGAAGAUAAUAAAGAAAAUAACAAACACAAAGAAUGUAAACAGCAAAGGAUAGAUUUUGAUGAAGAAACAAUAGAAGAGGAGGCGUUAUUGAGAAAAAUGAAAUCAAAAGUAUUCCCCACACAAACUAGUGAAUAUUUAAAAGAAGAAAACGUUAAUGUUUUGGAAAAUGAAAGUUUGAGUUAUAAGUCCAUGCUCCCAACUGAAAUAUAUGACAGUAGAAUUGAAAUAGUAUCUGGUAGUGAAGUUACACAUAUAAUGCCUCAAGAGAAAAUACGAGAAGCGACCGCUACAAUUAAAUUCGAUACCAACUAUCCUCUUGUUAGUAAUAUUCAAGAAACAAACGACAAAGAAGACCAACUUCGUGUGAAAGAUAAAGAAGCUGGUAAAACGGUCAAAAAGAUAUUUAAUGAACUUGAAUCAUUGCAAGUCACUGAAAUUGAGACUGAAUCAGUGGUUGAUAAGUAUGAAGCAGAAAAAGUAAAACUCGAUAAUAAAGUAUACACAGGUACUGUACAAGCAGAAGGUCUUGUAACUACGGAAACACUUAUUAACUUAUCUGUGGCUGACUUGAUUGUAGAUUCACAUGAUAUUAGAACAGCUAAAAGCUCAUUUACUCUUCAAAACGCUUAUAAUACUACAGAAGAGGUAGUGUCAUCCAAAGAAUCUCCCUUGAAAGAUUGCCAGAUAUCUACCUCUUUUGCAUCAGUGUCAGUAACACCAUUAUUAGAACUUAAAGUUACUGAAGUUAACGAAGGUACUAAAGAAGCUGAAUUUUAUAAACAAAAUAAUGAAAUAUGUGUUCCUCCAAAUCCACAAUAUGAUAUAUUAGAACCAUUACUCGUACAAGAAAUUUUCGUUGAGGAUAAAUCAGGGAAAUACUAUCCAGAAUUGAUAGUUCCUACUGAAGUAGCUAAAAGGGAUAUUUUGCUUUCAAAUCAAGUUAUUACGGAGAUGCAGGAAAUACAAGAGAAGGAGGAUCUAUUUCCUAAAUUAAAGAUGCCACCUCCACAGGAGGUCAAUGUUAAUAUACCAUCUGAAAAUAGUAUCUUAGUAUAUACAAGCGAUGUGCGAGAAAAAGAAGGCUUAAUAGACAAAACAGACCUUCCGACAGAGAUACAUAUUCAGGAAGAUAUUCUUUUACAUUCUUGCAUUGAAAAUUUUGAAACAACAACUCACGUUAAAGAAAAAGAAUUUUCUCCAAAAGUGACUGAAGAGAAAUAUGCAGAUAUCACUUUUAAUGAACAUCACCACAAAUAUGACAUAGAAACAAAUGUAAUGGAUUCUGAAAAUACUUUACUACAAAAAGAGCCAACAAAACAAAAUACCGCUCAAGUAACCAUUUCCGUUUUAGAUAAAAAUAUAGUUGAAGAGGUAAAUAUUCAUGAAAGAGAACAAGAGUUACAUUUCGAAAAAUUCAAGACUCCAGCAAAAGCUGAUAUUGAUGUUAAAUCAUCUGAGGGUAUAAUUACUUCAGCACCCACAUAUUUAAUAGCUACGGAAGACUUGAAAACAUCAGAAGUCGUUUCUGACAAAAUUGCCAAUGAAACUAUAAUUACAGAACAUGCGAAAAUAGUAACUUCACCUUUAAUUCACGACCAAGAAAUGAAAUCCAAUAAUUAUGAUACAACUUUUGAGAAUGUGUCCGUUUCACUUAUUCCUAUAAAUUCACUAUCCGUUCUUGAAUUGACCUGUCCAGAAAUUGAAACGAAAUUUCAUACUGAAAACAUGCCUGAAGUGGCAAAUACCAGACCUACUUUAACUCAUAAUCUAAAAACACAUAUCUGUCACGAAAUUACGACAGCCGAUCAGAUAGAUAUAUUCAACCAACAAGUGAAUAAUAACAAAUAUGCAUCAGAAAAAAGAGAUUUACAAACAGAAGUAACAGUCGUUCAACCAGUAGUUGAAGAUCAAAUUCAAAAUUUUGAUCUUAAUUUAGAACGAGCAAUAACUGCAAAGACAUCUUUUAAAGAAAAUGAAAGUUUAAAUAUAACAGAAACCAUACCUAGCUGUGUAGAAACAAAUUUAAUUAUAGAGGAGAAAUCUUUUAAUAAUGUUGAAGUCAAAAUAGAUAUAGAACAUAAGGUUCCCGUUGUACUCGAAAAUAACUUAACUGAUUCUCUAAGUCAAUUAAAAGAAAUUCCAUCGAAGCGUCAAGAAGCUGAACUGAAACCGAAUGUUAUAUAUCCUUUAACAGUUUCAGAGAAUAGAACAUUGGAAAGUCAAGAUAUUUUAGAUUACAGGGUCAACCCCAAUUCAAAAACUAUAAUACCAGAUAUGGUGCCUGUUGAAGAAUCACUUAAUAUAUCAGAAAUAAUGGUUAACGAAAAAGAACGAGAAUACGAGCAAACCGAGGAAUUUAAGCAAACGUGUAAAGUUUUCGAAAAUGUUGUUUGUAGACCUGUAGCUUCAACAUUGGAAGUAACAGAAAAUACUGAUAUCAACACAUUUGAUCUUACUGAAACAGCAGAAACAAAAAUUGCAAAUGCUCAAAAUAUACCAUUAAAAGAAAUUAUAGUUUCAUCUAUACUUUGUAAUGAGAAGGAGAGUUUGAUGAUUUCAAAAAAACCAAUAUAUGAAGAAGCCACUCUUGAUAUGAAUUCAAAAGAGGCUGUUAUUGUAGAUGAAACUAUAGCGGAAAUAAAACCUUCUUAUCUUAAUUCUGAAAAAAUUAAUAAUAAAGUAGAAGUAACACCUCAAUCAGUAUUGUGCGAAGCGAUAUUGCAAGAGGAAACCUUCGUUCAUACCUCUGAGCGAAAAUUCGAUGAAAAAGAUAAAGAUUCCGAGAGAAAUGCUGUUACUUCAGUUUCUGGUUUAAAUGCACCAGAAUUUCAGGAAAAUACUUUGGUUGAAAAAGAAAAACAAUUUUCUCCCUUGAGAUUACCGGGAGAACAAAAAGUGAGUAUAAAAAUAUUAGAAAAUCAAAGCCUGGAAACUAGUGAAAUAUUAUCUCAAUCCGAACCCCUAAGUGAUAUUAGUCAUUUAGUAAUAUCUAAUAAAAAAGCAAUUACAAAAAUGGAUGAUAUUUAUGGUAAAGUCCCAAAUAUAGAUGAAAUUAACGUUAUUCAAACAACGCAAGAACUCAAGACACGUGUUUUAGAACAACAACCUAAAAUUAACCCUUUAGAAUUAUUUAAUAUAGAACAAACAGAAACAGUAACGGCGGAAAAAGAAAGUUUGUUUAGUGACCAGAAACCUUUACAGUCCAAUAUAACACCGAAAAUUGUUGAAUCCGAAGCCUUAAUUCAAACUUUAACAAGUAUUAAUGAAAAAGAAAAAGAAUUCGAAAGUAAUGUAGAUAUUCCUGUUAAGGAUGCUUCUGUAAAGGUUAUACCUCACAGCAGUAUUUUAGGAAUAGAAGUUGUUACUGCAACUGAAACCGAAUAUAUCAACAAGGUUUCAAGCAAACCUGAAUCUAAAACAUUAACAGAAAUUAUGGAGACGCGGAAAGCUGUAGACGUUUCAGAAGUGACAACAAGUGAAUUUGAAGAUAUUUUUAUAAGUAAUGUGUUGCCAGAAAAGGUUAAUGUUAACCCAAAGCAAAAUAUUUCAAUUUUAUCAUCAAUUGGAGCAACAGAAACAGUAGUCAUUGAACAAGAAAAUGUAUUAAAUCAAAAAGAAAUAAAAUAUCUUCAAGCUACUUUAUGCCUUGACAGAAUUCACUCUCUUGAUGUAUCAGAAGAUAUUGUAGCAGAUAAAGAGGGUAAAUUAAUUUUAGAAAAACCUAUAAAUAAGACUAUUAGCGAAAUUAAUAUCGACGCUUAUCAUCAUUUGAAUGUCGAGGAAUAUCAAGUUUCUGAAAGUGAGAGUAAUCUGAAGAAAAUUAACAAAGUUGAAGAACAAAAAGAUUAUAUCCUAGAUGACAUAAAACCACUUCAUGUCACUGAUGUAAGAAGUGAAGAACAUGUAGAACACUUCUUAAUCGAUAGCAAAAAUAAUGCCGUAAAUUCAUUUAUUGGUUUUGAAAAAGAAGAUCAUCUUAAUAUUUUACAAAUAACUCCAUUGGAAACGGGAGAAACGUUGGAUGAAGUUUAUCAACAGGACAAAGAAAGUUUAGUACCUAACAUUGAAGAAGGAAAUCACACAAUUACAGUGCUCGAAGUUCAACCAUUAGAAAUCGGCCAGGGAAUUGAAAUUAAGUCUAUCAAUGAUUCGCAAUCAGCUAAGUCUCUAUUUGAUUUAAGACCCUCACUUGAAGUAAAUGAGGUUAUGACGAGGGAGUCGGAAGAGAAUUUGACGUUAAAAAGUACUCCUAAACAAGAUCAUGCUUCUCUUGAUUUAGAAUCUCAUGAACAUAUAACAGUAACAGAUAUGUUAAUCAUAGAUAAAGAAAAAGAAUUUUAUAAUCAAUUUGUUAAUAAAUCAGUUUUAAAUCAAGAUAUGAAUAUAAAUAUAACCAACCAUCUUACAAUCUGUGAAACAGUAGCAGUUGAAGAUAGCUUAAAACUAGAAAAUGAGAUAAACAAACAAGUAAAUGCGGUUACAACUUAUGUCUUUAAAGAAUCUUUUAGUGAAAGAGAACACCAAAUAAUAGAAAGCGUUGAUGAACUUACCCCACUAACAAAGCUACAAAGUAACAGUGCACAAGAAAAUAUAUAUUGUCUGAAUGCUGUAGAGCAAACAGACGCAACGUUUAAUAACAUUUUUGAAUCGAUACAAGAAAGAAAAGAAACUUUGUCAAAUAAGGAAACAACAUCUGUUACGCAGACUGUUAAUGACGAAGUUUUGUUGACUGUAUUGCCUGAGGUCGUGGAAGGUAUAACAUCAUUGCCUGAAAUAUGUAUACCACACUCAGCAUCUGCUAACUGUGAUUUAGAAGUAAACAAGUCAUAUUUUACGGAAGAACACGUCAUUGACGACUCUAUUGAAAAAAUUAUUUCUCAAAAAGAAACUUCUAAAGUAGCUGAUGAACAGAUAAUUGAAUUAAAGGGUAUCAACCAAAUGGAAAUUGUAUUAGGAGAAGACAUCCAAAAUUUUGGCGUUCUAGAAUUUGAUGUAAAUAACAAGCAAAUAGCUUCUGUUGUAAAUGAAGAAGUAUCUAUUACAAAAGAAGAAUUUCAACGUUUUGAAGAACCAGUGGAAGAAAAAACAGUCUUACAAGAGGACAUAGAGAUAUUAGAAGAUACAAGACGACAUUCUUUAUCAUCUAAGUCAUCAGACAUGGAAGAAUCUGAAGAAAUAAUAACCAAAUUUAUGAAAGCUCCAGGUAACAAGGAACCUAUAAAAAUAAGAACAAAACGGACAAUAUUAAAAAAGAAAAGCAAAUCAGAAAAUGAUUGUAAAAUAGACAGCGACAUAGUUAUUGAGGAAACAAUGGAGGAUGACAGUAAGGAUAAAAUAAUUCCACGACUUACACAUGAUGUUCAAAUUGAAGAGUAUGAGGGCGUGGAUUCAAUGGACACUAAUCAUAAUGGAUUAGUUGAGUUACCAGAGGAACAAUUUGAUUUCCCGAUAUUAAAAUCGCGUAUGAGUAUAGAAGAGGUAACCGAUAAAAAAAUUGAAAAAGUAAGGGACAUGAUUGAAGAGAAAAUUGAAGAAGAAAAAGUGAAGGUAGUUGAGGCAAGGGAUAUUCAAAAAGUAAAAACCGCUAAACGUGUUAUAAAGAAAACUAAAGAGGUAACAGAAUCAGUCACAGUCGAAAAAGAUGAUGAAAAGCCAGUUACGACCGAAACUGUCACAGAGGAGAUGAUUCUUGAAGAAGACGAAGGUCCCAAACCCGUUGAAAUUAUUGAACUACCGGAAGAGACUACUGUAGAGGAAACGCAAACUCCAGAAGGUAAGACUAAACAUAAGAAAAUCACCAAACGCGUUAUUAAAAAGCGGUUAGGACCAAAGGUAGAAACUACACAAAUAACUACCGAACAAGCUGACGAUGAACAACCUGUCACAAAUGUACACAAAACAGAAGAAUACACGGACGAAACAGUUACACCACUUGAUUCAUUACUCAAACCUGAAAAAGCAGAAGAGAUUGAAGAGGUUCCGGAAGAAGUGAAAGUGACUGAAGUUAAAACUGAGACUGGGGAAACGCAGAAAGUGAAAACAACUAAACGUGUCAUAAAGAAAAAGCAAGGCAAAAAGCAAGAGGUUACCGAAAUAGUCACAGUCGAAAAAGAUGAUGAAAAGCCAGUUACUACCGUAACUGUCACAGAGGAGAAGAUUCCUGAGGAGGAAGAAGUUCUCAAACCCGUUGAAAUAGUUGAACUACCGGAAGAGACUACUGUAGAGGAAACGGAAACUCCAGAAGGUAGGACUAAACAUAAGAAAAUAACCAAACGCGUUAUUAAAAAGCGGGUAGGACCAAAGGUAGAAACUACACAAAUAACUACCGAACAAGCUGACGAUGAACAACCUGUCACAACUGUACACAAAACAGAAGAAUACACAGACGAAACAGUUACACCACUCGAUUCAUUACUCAAACCUGAAACAGCAGAAGUGAUUGAAGAGGUUCCGGAAGUAGUGAAAGUGACGGAAGUUAAAACUGAAACUGGGGACACGCAGAAAGUGAAAACAACUAAACGUGUCAUAAAGAAAAAGCAAGGCAAAAAACAAGAGGUAACCGAAAUAGUCACAGUCGAAAAAGAUGAUGAAAAGCCUGUUACUACCGUAACUGUCACAGAGGAGAAGAUUCCUGAGGAGGAAGAAGUUCUCAAACCCGUUGAAAUAGUUGAACUACCCGAAGAGACUACUGUAGAGGAAACGGAAACUCCAGAAGGUGAGACUAAACAUAAGAAAAUCAUUAAACGCGUUAUUAAAAAGCGGGUAGGACCAAAGGUAGAAACUACACAAAUAACUACCGAACAAGCUGACGAUGAACAACCUGUCACAACUGUACACAAAACAGAAGAAUACACAGACGAAACAGUUACACCACUCGAUUCAUUACUCAAACCUGAAACAGCAGAAGUGAUUGAAGAGGUUCCGGAAGUAGUGAAAGUGACGGAAGUUAAAACUGAAACUGGGGACACGCAGAAAGUGAAAACAACUAAACGUGUCAUAAAGAAAAAGCAAGGCAAAAAGCAAGAGGUAACCGAAAUAGUCACAGUCGAAAAAGAUGAUGAAAAGCCAAUUACUACCGUAACUGUCACAGAGGAGAAGAUUCCUGAGGAGGAAGAAGUUCUCAAACCCAGUGAAAUAGUUGAACUACCCGAAGAGACUACUGUAGAGGAAACGAAAACUCCAGAAGGUAGGACUAAACAUAAGAAAAUAACCAAACGCGUUAUUAAAAAGCGGGUAGGACCAAAGGUAGAAACUACACAAAUAACUACCGAACAAGCUGACGAUGAACAACCUGUCACAACUGUACACAAAACAGAAGAAUACACAGACGAAACAGUUACACCACUCGAUUCAUUACUCAAACCUGAAACAGCAGAAGUGAUUGAAGAGGUUCCGGAAGUAGUGAAAGUGACGGAAGUUAAAACUGAGACUGGGGAAACGCAGAAAGUGAAAACAACUAAACGUGUCAUAAAGAAAAAGCAAGGCAAAAAGCAAGAGGUAACCGAAAUAGUCACAGUCGAAAAAGAUGAUGAAAAGCCAAUUACUACCGUAACUGUCACAGAGGAGAAGAUUCCUGAGGAGGAAGAAGUUCUCAAACCCGUUGAAAUAGUUGAACUACCCGAAGAGACUACUGUAGAGGAAACGGAAACUCCAGAAGGUAGGACUAAACAUAAGAAAGUCAUCAAACGCGUUAUUAAAAAGCGGGUAGGACCAAAGGUAGAAACUACACAAAUAACUACCGAACAAGUUGACGAUGAACAACCUGUCACAACUGUACACAAAACAGAAGAAUACACAGACGAAACAGUUACACCACUCGAUUCAUUACACAAACCUGAAACAGCAGGAGUGAUUGAAGAGGUUCCGGAAGUAGUGAAAGUGACGGAAGUUAAAACUGAGACUGGGGAAACGCAGAAAGUGAAAACAACUAAACGUGUCAUAAAGAAAAAGCAAGGCAAAAAGCAAGAGGUAACCGAAAUAGUCACAGUCGAAAAAGAUGAUGCAAAGCCUGUCACUACCGUAACUGUCACAGAGGAGAAGAUUCCUGAGGAGGAAGAAGUUCUCAAACCCGUUGAAAUAGUUGAACUACCCGAAGAGACUACUGUAGAGAAAACGGAAACUCCAGAAGGUAAGACUAAACAUAAGAAAAUCAUCAAACGCGUUAUUAAAAAGCGUUUAGGACCAAAGGUAGAAACUACACAAAUAACUACCGAACAAGCUGACGAUGAACAACCUGUCACAACUGUACACAAAACAGAAGAAUACACAGAUGAAACAGUUACACCACUCGAUUCAUUACUCACACCUGAAACAGCAGAAGUGAUUGAAGAGGUUCCGGAAGUAGUGAAAGUGACGGAAGUUAAAACUGAGACUGGGGAAACGCAGAAAGUGAAAACAACUAAACGUGUCAUAAAGAAAAAGCAAGGCAAAAAACAAGAGGUAACCGAAAUAGUCACAGUCGAAAAAGAUGAUGAAAAGCCAAUUACUACCGUAACUGUCACAGAGGAGAAGAUUCCUGAGGAGGAAGAAGUUCUCAAACCCGUUGAAAUAGUUGAACUACCCGAAGAGACUACUGUAGAGGAAAUGGAAACUCCAGAAGGUAGGACUAAACAUAAGAAAAUCAUCAAACGCGUUAUUAAAAAGCGGGUAGGACCAAAGGUAGAAACUACACAAAUAACUACCGAACAAGUUGACGAUGAACAACCUGUCACAACUGUACACAAAACAGAAGAAUACACAGACGAAACAGUUACACCACUCGAUUCAUUACUCAAACCUGAAACAGCAGAAGUGAUUGAAGAGGUUCCGGAAGAAGUGAAAGUGACUGAAGUUAAAACUGAGACUGGGGAAACGCAGAAAGUGAAAACAACUAAACGUGUCAUUAAGAAAAAGCAAGGCAAAAAGCAAGAGGUAACCAAAAUAGUCACAGUCGAAAAAGAUGAUGCAAAGCCUGUCACUACCCUAACUGUCACAGAGGAGAAGAUUCCUGAGGAGGAAGAAGUUCUCAAACCCGUUGAAAUAGUUGAACUACCGGAAGAGACUACUGUAGAGGAAACGGAAACUCCAGAAGGUAAGACUAAACAUAAGAAAAUCACCAAACGCGUUAUUAAAAAGCGGGAAGGACCAAAGGUAGAAACUACACAAAUAACUACCGAACAAGCUGACGAUGAACAACCUGUCACAACUGUACACAAAACAGAAGAAUACACAGACGAAACAGUUACACCACUCGAUUCAUUACUCAAACCUGAAACAGCAGAAGUGAUUGAAGAGGUUCCGGAAGUAGUGAAAGUGACGGAAGUUAAAACUGAAACUGGGGACACGCAGAAAGUGAAAACAACUAAACGUGUCAUAAAGAAAAAGCAAGGCAAAAAGCAAGAGGUAACCGAAAUAGUCACAGUCGAAAAAGAUGAUGAAAAGCCAAUUACUACCGUAACUGUCACAGAGGAGAAGAUUCCUGAGGAGGAAGAAGUUCUCAAACCCGUUGAAAUAGUUGAACUACCCGAAGAGACUACUGUAGAGGAAACGAAAACUCCAGAAGGUAGGACUAAACAUAAGAAAAUAACCAAACGCGUUAUUAAAAAGCGGGUAGGACCAAAGGUAGAAACUACACAAAUAACUACCGAACAAGCUGACGAUGAACAACCUGUCACAACUGUACACAAAACAGAAGAAUACACAGACGAAACAGUUACACCACUCGAUUCAUUACUCAAACCUGAAACAGCAGAAGUGAUUGAAGAGGUUCCGGAAGAAGUGAAAGUGACUGAAGUUAAAACUGAGACUGGGGAAACGCAGAAAGUGAAAACAACUAAACGUGUCAUAAAGAAAAAGCAAGGCAAAAAGCAAGAGGUAACCGAAAUAGUCACAGUCGAAAAAGAUGAUGCAAAGCCUGUCACUACCGUAACUGUCACAGAGGAGAAGAUUCCUGAGGAGGAAGAAGUUCUCAAACCCGUUGAAAUAGUCGAACUACCGGAAGAGACUACUGUAGAGGAAACGGAAACUCCAGAAGGUAAGACUAAACAUAAGAAAAUCACCAAACGCGUUAUUAAAAAGCGGGUAGGACCAAAGGUAGAAACUACACAAAUAACUACCGAACAAGCUGACGAUGAACAACCUGUCACAACUGUACACAAAACAGAAGAAUACACAGACGAAACAGUUACACCACUCGAUUCAUUACUCAAACCUGAAACAGCAGAAGUGAUUGAAGAGGUUCCGGAAGUAGUGAAAGUGACGGAAGUUAAAACUGAAACUGGGGACACGCAGAAAGUGAAAACAACUAAACGUGUCAUAAAGAAAAAGCAAGGCAAAAAGCAAGAGGUAACCGAAAUAGUCACAGUCGAAAAAGAUGAUGAAAAGCCAAUUACUACCGUAACUGUCACAGAGGAGAAGAUUCCUGAGGAGGAAGAAGUUCUCAAACCCAGUGAAAUAGUUGAACUACCCGAAGAGACUACUGUAGAGGAAACGAAAACUCCAGAAGGUAAGACUAAACAUAAGAAAAUAACCAAACGCGUUAUUAAAAAGCGGGUAGGACCAAAAGUAGAAACUACACAAAUAACUACCGAACAAGCUGACGAUGAACAACCUGUCACAACUGUACACAAAACAGAAGAAUACACAGACGAAACAGUUACACCACUCGAUUCAUUACUCAAACCUGAAACAGCAGAAGUGAUUGAAGAGGUUCCGGAAGUAGUGAAAGUGACGGAAGUUAAAACUGAGACUGGGGAAACGCAGAAAGUGAAAACAACUAAACGUGUCAUAAAGAAAAAGCAAGGCAAAAAGCAAGAGGUAACCGAAAUAGUCACAGUCGAAAAAGAUGAUGAAAAGCCAAUUACUACCGUAACUGUCACAGAGGAGAAGAUUCCUGAGGAGGAAGAAGUUCUCAAACCCGUUGAAAUAGUUGAACUACCCGAAGAGACUACUGUAGAGGAAACGGAAACUCCAGAAGGUAGGACUAAACAUAAGAAAGUCAUCAAACGCGUUAUUAAAAAGCGGGUAGGACCAAAGGUAGAAACUACACAAAUAACUACCGAACAAGUUGACGAUGAACAACCUGUCACAACUGUACACAAAACAGAAGAAUACACAGACGAAACAGUUACACCACUCGAUUCAUUACACAAACCUGAAACAGCAGGAGUGAUUGAAGAGGUUCCGGAAGUAGUGAAAGUGACGGAAGUUAAAACUGAGACUGGGGAAACGCAGAAAGUGAAAACAACUAAACGUGUCAUAAAGAAAAAGCAAGGCAAAAAGCAAGAGGUAACCGAAAUAGUCACAGUCGAAAAAGAUGAUGCAAAGCCUGUCACUACCGUAACUGUCACAGAGGAGAAGAUUCCUGAGGAGGAAGAAGUUCUCAAACCCGUUGAAAUAGUUGAACUACCGGAAGAGACUACUGUAGAGGAAACGGAAACUCCAGAAGGUAAGACUAAACAUAAGAAAAUCACCAAACGCGUUAUUAAAAAGCGGGUAGGACCAAAGGUAGAAACUACACAAAUAACUACCGAACAAGCUGACGAUGAACAACCUGUCACAACUGUACACAAAACAGAAGAAUACACAGACGAAACAGUUACACCACUCGAUUCAUUACUCAAACCUGAAACAGCAGAAGUGAUUGAAGAGGUUCCGGAAGUAGUGAAAGUGACGGAAGUUAAAACUGAGACUGGGGAAACGCAGAAAGUGAAAACAACUAAACGUGUCAUAAAGAAAAAGCAAGGCAAAAAGCAAGAGGUAACCGAAAUAGUCACAGUCGAAAAAGAUGAUGCAAAGCCAAUUACUACCGUAACUGUCACAGAGGAGAAGAUUCCUGAGGAGGAAGAAGUUCUCAAACCCGUUGAAAUAGUUGAACUACCCGAAGAGACUACUGUAGAGGAAACGGAAACUCCAGAAGGUAAGACUAAACAUAAGAAAAUCACCAAACGCGUUAUUAAAAAGCGGGUAGGACCAAAGGUAGAAACUACACAAAUAACUACCGAACAAGCUGACGAUGAACAACCUGUCACAACUGUACACAAAACAGAAGAAUACACAGACGAAACAGUUACACCACUCGAUUCAUUACUCAAACCUGAAACAGCAGAAGUGAUUGAAGAGGUUCCGGAAGUAGUGAAAGUGACGGAAGUUAAAACUGAGACUGGGGAAACGCAGAAAGUGAAAACAACUAAACGUGUCAUAAAGAAAAAGCAAGGCAAAAAGCAAGAGGUAACCGAAAUAGUCACAGUCGAAAAAGAUGAUGCAAAGCCAAUUACUACCGUAACUGUCACAGAGGAGAAGAUUCCUGAGGAGGAAGAAGUUCUCAAACCCGUUGAAAUAGUUGAACUACCGGAAGAGACUACUGUAGAGGAAACGGAAACUCCAGAAGGUAAGACUAAACAUAAGAAAAUCACCAAACGCGUUAUUAAAAAGCGGGUAGGACCAAAGGUAGAAACUACACAAAUAACUACCGAACAAGCUGACGAUGAACAACCUGUCACAACUGUACACAAAACAGAAGAAUACACAGACGAAACAGUUACACCACUCGAUUCAUUACUCAAACCUGAAACAGCAGAAGUGAUUGAAGAGGUUCCGGAAGUAGUGAAAGUGACGGAAGUUAAAACUGAGACUGGGGAAACGCAGAAAGUGAAAACAACUAAACGUGUCAUAAAGAAAAAGCAAGGCAAAAAGCAAGAGGUAACCGAAAUAGUCACAGUCGAAAAAGAUGAUGCAAAGCCAAUUACUACCGUAACUGUCACAGAGGAGAAGAUUCCUGAGGAGGAAGAAGUUCUCAAACCCGUUGAAAUAGUUGAACUACCCGAAGAGACUACUGUAGAGGAAACGGAAACUCCAGAAGGUAAGACUAAACAUAAGAAAAUCACCAAACGCGUUAUUAAAAAGCGGGUAGGACCAAAGGUAGAAACUACACAAAUAACUACCGAACAAGCUGACGAUGAACAACCUGUCACAACUGUACACAAAACAGAAGAAUACACAGACGAAACAGUUACACCACUCGAUUCAUUACUCAAACCUGAAACAGCAGAAGUGAUUGAAGAGGUUCCGGAAGUAGUGAAAGUGACGGAAGUUAAAACUGAGACUGGGGAAACGCAGAAAGUGAAAACAACUAAACGUGUCAUAAAGAAAAAGCAAGGCAAAAAGCAAGAGGUAACCGAAAUAGUCACAGUCGAAAAAGAUGAUGCAAAGCCUGUCACUACCGUAACUGUCACAGAGGAGAAGAUUCCUGAGGAGGAAGAAGUUCUCAAACCCGUUGAAAUAGUUGAACUACCGGAAGAGACUACUGUAGAGGAAACGGAAACUCCAGAAGGUAAGACUAAACAUAAGAAAAUCACCAAACGCGUUAUUAAAAAGCGGGUAGGACCAAAGGUAGAAACUACACAAAUAACUACCGAACAAGCUGACGAUGAACAACCUGUCACAACUGUACACAAAACAGAAGAAUACACAGACGAAACAGUUACACCACUCGAUUCAUUACUCAAACCUGAAACAGCAGAAGUGAUUGAAGAGGUUCCGGAAGUAGUGAAAGUGACGGAAGUUAAAACUGAGACUGGGGAAACGCAGAAAGUGAAAACAACUAAACGUGUCAUAAAGAAAAAGCAAGGCAAAAAGCAAGAGGUAACCGAAAUAGUCACAGUCGAAAAAGAUGAUGCAAAGCCUGUCACUACCGUAACUGUCACAGAGGAGAAGAUUCCUGAGGAGGAAGAAGUUCUCAAACCCGUUGAAAUAGUUGUACUACCGGAAGAGACUACUGUAGAGGAAACGGAAACUCCAGAAGGUAAGACUAAACAUAAGAAAAUUACAAAACGCAUUAUCAAGAAGAAGAUAGGUCCUAAGGUAGAAACAACACAAAUCACAACAGAACAAGAAGAUGACAAAACACCUGUUAUCACAGUUCACACAACGCAAGAAGUCACCGAUGAAACACUCACACCUCUUGAAACACUCCACACACCCGAAACGGUACACGUUGUCGAAGAGCUGCCAGAAGAAGUUCAAAUAACCGAAGUGAAAACGGAGACUGGUGAUGUCCAAAAGGUAAAAACGACUAAACGGGUCAUUAAGAAGAGACAGGGACCCAGGCAGGAAGUGACAGAGAUAACAACCGAGGAGAAAGAGGGUGAACAACCCGUCACAACUGUUUCCGUGACAGAAGAAGAAACACCGAGAGAGGAACAACUGAAACCGGUUGAAAUGGUAGAAUUGCCAGAGGAGGUCACUGUUGGGGAAAUUGAAACUCCCGAAGUUCACACAACGCAAGAAGUCACCGAUGAAACACUCACACCUCUUGAAACACUCCACACACCCGAAACGGUACACGUUGUCGAAGAGCUGCCAGAAGAAGUUCAAAUAACCGAAGUGAAAACGGAGACUGGUGAUGUCCAAAAGGUAAAAACGACUAAACGGGUCAUUAAGAAGAGGCAGGGACCCAAGCAGGAAGUGACAGAGAUAACAACCGAGGAGAAAGAGGGUGAACAACCCGUCACGAUUGUUUCCGUGACAGAAGAAGAAACACCGACAGAAGAACAAGUGAAACCGGUUGAAAUGGUAGAAUUGCCAGAGGAGGUCACUGUUGAGGAAAUUGAAACUCCCGAAGGUAAGCCCAAGCAAAAGAAAAUUACAAAACGCAUUAUCAAGAAGAAGGUAGGUCCUAAGGUAGAAACAACACAAAUCACAACAGAACAAGAAGAUGACAAAACACCUGUUAUCACAGUUCACACAACGCAAGAAGUCACCGAUGAAACACUCACACCUCUUGAAACACUCCACACACCCGAAACGGUACACGUUGUCGAAGAGCUGCCAGAAGAAGUUCAAAUAACCGAAGUGAAAACGGAGACUGGUGAUGUCCAAAAGGUAAAAACGACUAAACGGGUCAUUAAGAAGAGACAGGGACCCAGGCAGGAAGUGACAGAGAUAACAACCGAGGAGAAAGAGGGUGAACAACCCGUCACAACUGUUUCCGUGACAGAAGAAGAAACACCGAGAGAGGAACAACUGAAACCGGUUGAAAUGGUAGAAUUGCCAGAGGAGGUCACUGUUGAGGAAAUUGAAACUCCCGAAGGUAAGCCCAAGCAAAAGAAAAUUACAAAACGCAUUAUCAAGAAGAAGGUAGGUCCUAAGGUAGAAACUACACAAAUCACAACAGAACAAGAAGAUGACAAAACACCUGUUAUCACAGUUCACACAACGCAAGAAGUCACCGAUGAAACACUCACACCUAUUGAAACACUCCACACACCCGAAACGGUACACGUUGUCGAAGAGCUGCCAGAAGAAGUUCAAAUAACCGAAGUGAAAACGGAGACUGGUGAUGUCCAAAAGGUAAAAACGACUAAACGGGUCAUUAAGAAGAGACAGGGACCCAGGCAGGAAGUGACAGAGAUAACAACCGAGGAGAAAGAGGGUGAACAACCCGUCACAACUGUUUCCGUGACAGAAGAUGAAACACCGAGAGAGGAACAACUGAAACCGGUUGAAAUGGUAGAAUUGCCAGAGGAGGUCACUGUAGAGGAAAUUGAAACUCCCGAAGGUAAGCCCAAGCAAAAGAAAAUUACAAAACGCACUAUCAAGAAGAAGGUAGGUCCUAAGGUAGAAACAACACAAAUCACAACAGAACAAGAAGAUGACAAAACACCUGUUAUCACAGUUCACACAACGCAAGAAGUCACCGAUGAAACACUCACACCUCUUGAAACACUCCACACACCCGAAACGGUACACGUUGUCGAAGAGCUGCCAGAAGAAGUUAAAAUAACCGAAGUGAAAACGGAGACUGGUGAUGUCCAAAAGGUAAAAACGACUAAACGGGUCAUUAAGAAGAGGCAGGGACCCAAGCAGGAAGUGUCAGAGAUAACAACCGAGGAGAAAGAGGGUGAACAACCCAUCACGACUGUUUCCGUGACAGAAGAAGAAACACCAGGAGAAGAACAAGUGAAACCCGUUGAAAUGGUAGAAUUGCCAGAGGAGGUCACUGUUGAGGAAACUGAAACUCCCGAAGGUAAGCCCAAGCAAAAGAAAAUUACAAAACGCAUUAUCAAGAAGAAGGUAGGUCCUAAGGUAGAAACAACACAAAUCACAACAGAACAAGAAGAUGACAAAACACCUGUUAUCACAGUUCACACUACACAAGAACUCACCGAUGAAAAACUUACACCUAUUGAAACACUCCACACACCCGAAAAGGCACACGUUGUCGAAGAGCUGCCAGAAGAAGUUAAAAUAACCGAAGUGAAAACGGAGACUGGUGAUGUCCAAAAGUUAAAAACGACUAAACGGGUCAUUAAGAAGAGACAGGGAUCCAGGCAGGAAGUGACAGAGAUAACAACCGAGGAGAAAGAGGGUGAACAACCCGUCACAACUGUUUCCGUGACAGAAGAAGAAACACCGACAGAAGAACAAGUGAAACCGGUUGAAAUGGUAGAAUUGCCAGAGGAGGUCACUGUUGAGGAAAUUGAAACUCCCGAAGGUAAGCCCAAGCAAAAGAAAAUUACAAAACGCAUUAUCAAGAAGAAGGUUGGUCCUAAGGUAGAAACAACACAAAUCACAACAGAACAAGAAGAUGACAAAACACCUGUUAUCACAGUUCACACUACACAAGAACUCACCGAUGAAACACUUACACCUAUUGAAACACUCCACACACCCGAAAAGGCACACGUUGUCGAAGAGCUCCCAGAAGAAGUUAAAAUAACCGAAGUGAAAACGGAGACUGGUGAUGUCCAAAAGGUAAAAACGACAAAACGGGUCAUUAAGAAGAGACAGGGACCCAGGCAGGAAGUGACAGAGAUAACAACCGAGGAGAAAGAGGGUGAACAACCCGUCACAACUGUUUCCGUGACAGAAGAAGUAACACCGACAGAAGAACAAGUGAAACCGGUUGAAAUGGUAGAAUUGCCAGAGGAGGUCACUGUUGAGGAAACUGAAACUCCCGAAGGUAAGACCAAGCAAAAGAAAAUUACAAAACGCAUUAUCAAGAAGAAGGUAGGUCCUAAGGUAGAAACAACACAAAUCACAACAGAACAAGAAGAUGACAAAACACCUGUUAUCACAGUUCACACUACACAAGAACUCACCGAUGAAACACUUACACCUAUUGAAACACUCCACGCACCCGAAAAGGCACACGUUGUCGAAGAGCUGCCAGAAGAAGUUAAAAUAACCGAAGUGAAAACGGAGACUGGUGAUGACCAAAAAGUAAAAACGACUAAACGGGUCAUUAAGAAGAGACAGGGACCCAGGCAGGAAGUGACAGAGAUAACAACCGAGGAGAAAGAGGGUGAACAACCCGUCACGACUGUUUCCGUGACAGAAGAAGAAACACCGAGAGAAGAACAAGUGAAACCAGUUGAAAUGGUAGAAUUGCCAGAGGAGGUCACUGUUGAGGAUAUUGAAACUCCCGAAGGUAAGCCCAAGCAAAAGAAUAUUACAAAACGCAUUAUCAAGAAGAAGGUUGGUCCUAAGGUAGAAACAACACAAAUCACAACAGAACAAGAAGAUGACAAAACACCUGUUAUCACAGUUCACACUACACAGGAACUCACCGAUGAAACACUUACACCUAUUGAAACACUCCACGCACCCGAAAAGGCACACGUUGUCGAAGAGCUGCCAGAAGAAGUUAAAAUAACCGAAGUGAAAACGGAGACUGGUGAUGUCCAAAAAGUAAAAACGACAAAACGGGUCAUUAAGAAGAGACAGGGACCCAGGCAGGAAGUGACAGAGAUAACAACCGAGGAGAAAGAGGGUGAACAACCCGUCACGAUUGUUUCCGUGACAGAAGAAGAAACACCGACAGAAGAAAAAGUAAAACCGGUUGAAAUGGUAGAAUUGCCAGAGGAGGUCACUGUUGAGGAAAUUGAAACUCCCGAAGGUAAGCCCAAGCAAAAGAAAAUUACAAAACGCAUUAUCAAGAAGAAGAUAGGUCCUAAGGUAGAAACAACACAAAUCACAACAGAACAAGAAGAUGACAAAACACCUGCUAUCACAGUUCACACAACGCAAGAAGUCACCGAUGAAACACUCACACCUCUUGAAACACUCCACACACCCGAAAAGGCACACGUUGUCGAAGAGCUGCCAGAAGAAGUUCUAAUAACCGAAGUGAAAACGGAGACUGGUGAUGUCCAAAAGGUAAAAACGACUAAACGGGUCAUUAAGAAGAGACAGGGACCCAGGCAGGAAGUGACAGAGAUAACAACCGAGGAGAAAGAGGGUGAACAACCCGUCACAACUGUUUCCGUGACAGAAGAAGAAACACCGAGAGAGGAACAACUGAAACCGGUUGAAAUGGUAGAAUUGCCAGAGGAGGUCACUGUUGAGGAAAUUGAAACUCCCGAAGGUAAGCCCAAGCAAAAGAAAAUUACAAAACGCAUUAUCAAGAAGAAGGUAGGUCCUAAGGUAGAAACUACACAAAUCACAACAGAACAAGAGGAUGACAAAACACCUGUUAUCACAGUUCACACAACGCAAGAAGUCACCGAUGAAACACACACACCUAUUGAAACACUCCACACACCCGAAACGGUACACGUUGUCGAAGAGCUGCCAGAAGAAGUUCAAAUAACCGAAGUGAAAACGGAGACUGGUGAUGUCCAAAAGGUAAAAACGACAAAACGGGUCAUUAAGAAGAGACAGGGACCCAGGCAGGAAGUGACAGAGAUAACAACCGAGGAGAAAGAGGGUGAACAACCCGUCACAACUGUUUCCGUGACAGAAGAUGAAACACCGAGAGAGGAACAACUGAAACCGGAUGAAAUGGUAGAAUUGCCAGAGGAGGUCACUGUUGAGGAAAUUGAAACUCCCGAAGGUAAGCCCAAGCAAAAGAAAAUUACAAAACGCAUUAUCAAGAAGAAGGUAGGUCCUAAGGUAGAAACAACACAAAUCACAACAGAACAAGAAGAUGACAAAACACCUGUUAUCACAGUUCACACUACACAAGAACUCACCGAUGAAACACUUACACCUAUUGAAACACUCCACACACCCGAAAAGGCACACGUUGUCGAAGAGCUCCCAGAAGAAGUUCAAAUAACCGAAGUGAAAACGGAGACUGGUGAUGUCCAAAAGGUUAAAACGACUAAACGGGUCAUUAAGAAGAGACAGGGACCCAGGCAAGAAGUGACAGAGAUAACAACCGAGGAGAAAGAGGGUGAACAACCCGUCACAACCGUUUCCGUGACAGAAGAAGAAACACCGACAGAAGAACUAGUGAAACCGGUUGAAAUGGUAGAAUUGCCAGAGGAGGUCACUGUUGAGGAAAUUGAAACUCCCGAAGGUAAGCCCAAGCAAAAGAAAAUUACAAAACGCAUUAUCAAGAAGAAGGUAGGUCCUAAGGUAGAAACAACACAAAUCACAACAGAACAAGAAGAUGACAAAACACCUGUUAUCACAGUUCACACUACACAAGAACUCACCGAUGAAACACUUACACCUAUUGAAACACUCCACACACCCGAAAAGGCACACGUUGUCGAAGAGCUGCCAGAAGAAGUUAAAAUAACCGAAGUGAAAACGGAGACUGGUGAUGUCCAAAAGGUAAAAACGACUAAACGGGUCAUUAAGAAGAGACAGGGACCCAGGCAGGAAGUGACAGAGAUAACAACCGAGGAGAAAGAGGGUGAACAACCCGUCACAACUGUUUCCGUGACAGAAGAAGAAACACCGAGAGAAGAACAAGUGAAACCGGUUGAAAUGGUAGAAUUGCCAGAGGAGGUCAUUGUUGAGGAAAUUGAAACUCCCGAAGGUAAGCCCAAGCAAAAGAAAAUUACAAAACGCAUUAUCAAGAAGAAGGUAGGUCCUAAGGUAGAAACAACACAAAUCACAACAGAACAAGAAGAUGACAAAACACCUGUUAUCACAGUUCACACUACACAAGAACUCACCGAUGAAACACUUACACCUAUUGAAACACUCCACACACCCGAAAAGGCACACGUUGUCGAAGAGCUGCCAGAAGAAGUUAAAAUAACCGAAGUGAAAACGGAGACUGGUGAUGUCCAAAAGGUUAGAACGACUAAACGGGUCAUUAAGAAGAGACAGGGACCCAGGCAGGAAGUGACAGAGAUAACAACCGAGGAGAAAGAGGGUGAACAACCCGUCACAACCGUUUCCGUGACAGAAGAAGAAACACCGACAGAAGAACAAGUGAAACCGGUUGAAAUGGUAGAAUUGCCAGAGGAGGUCACUGUUGAGGAAAUUGAAACUCCCGAAGGUAAGCCCAAGCAAAAGAAAAUUACAAAACGCAUUAUCAAGAAGAAGGUAGGUCCUAAGGUAGAAACAACACAAAUCACAACAGAACAAGAAGAUGACAAAACACCUGUUAUCACAGUUCACACAACGCAAGAACUCACCGAUGAAACACUUACACCUAUUGAAACACUCCACACACCCGAAAAGGCACACGUUGUCGAAGAGCUCCCAGAAGAAGUUCAAAUAACCGAAGUGAAAACGGAGACUGGUGAUGUCCAAAAGGUUAAAACGACUAAACGGGUCAUUAAGAAGAGACAGGGACCCAGGCAAGAAGUGACAGAGAUAACAACCGAGGAGAAAGAGGGUGAACAACCCGUCACAACCGUUUCCGUGACAGAAGAAGAAACACCGACAGAAGAACAAGUGAAACCGGUUGAAAUGGUAGAAUUGCCAGAGGAGGUCACUGUUGAGGAAAUUGAAACUCCCGAAGGUAAGCCCAAGCAAAAGAAAAUUACAAAACGCAUUAUCAAGAAGAAGGUAGGUCCUAAGGUAGAAACAACACAAAUCACAACAGAACAAGAAGAUGACAAAACACCUGUUAUCACAGUUCACACUACACAAGAACUCACCGAUGAAACACUUACACCUAUUGAAACACUCCACACACCCGAAAAUGCACACGUUGUCGAAGAGCUGCCAGAAGAAGUUAAAAUAACCGAAGUGAAAACGGAGACUGGUGAUGUCCAAAAGGUAAAAACGACAAAACGGGUCAUUAAGAAGAGACAGGGACCCAGGCAGGAAGUGACAGAGAUAACAACCGAGGAGAAAGAGGGUGAACAACCCGUCACAACUGUUUCCGUGACAGAAGAAGAAACACCGAGAGAAGAACAAGUGAAACCGGUUGAAAUGGUAGAAUUGCCAGAGGAGGUCAUUGUUGAGGAAAUUGAAACUCCCGAAGGUAAGCCCAAGCAAAAGAAAAUUACAAAACGCAUUAUCAAGAAGAAGGUAGGUCCUAAGGUAGAAACAACACAAAUCACAACAGAACAAGAAGAUGACAAAACACCUGUUAUCACAGUUCACACUACACAACAACUCACCGAUGAAACACUUACACCUAUUGAAACACUCCACACACCCGAAAAGGCACACGUUGUCGAAGAGCUGCCAGAAGAAGUUAAAAUAACCGAAGUGAAAACGGAGACUGGUGAUGUCCAAAAGGUUAGAACGACUAAACGGGUCAUUAAGAAGAGACAGGGACCCAGGCAGGAAGUGACAGAGAUAAUAACCGAGGAGAAAGAGGGUGAACAACCCGUCACAACCGUUUCCGUGACAGAAGAAGAAACACCGACAGAAGAACAAGUGAAACCGGUUGAAAUGGUAGAAUUGCCAGAGGAGGUCACUGUUGAGGAAAUUGAAACUCCCGAAGGUAAGCCCAAGCAAAAGAAAAUUACAAAACGCAUUAUCAAGAAGAAGGUAGGUCCUAAGGUAGAAACAUCACAAAUCACAACAGAACAAGAAGAUGACAAAACACCUGUUAUCACAGUUCACACUACACAAGAACUCACCGAUGAAACACUUACACCUAUUGAAACACUCCACACACCCGAAAAGGCACACGUUGUCGAAGAGCUCCCAGAAGAAGUUCAAAUAACCGAAGUGAAAACGGAGACUGGUGAUGUCCAAAAGGUUAAAACGACUAAACGGGUCAUUAAGAAGAGACAGGGACCCAGGCAAGAAGUGACAGAGAUAACAACCGAGGAGAAAGAGGGUGAACAACCCGUCACAACCGUUUCCGUGACAGAAGAAGAAACACCGACAGAAGAACAAGUGAAACCGGUUGAAAUGGUAGAAUUGCCAGAGGAGGUCACUGUUGAGGAAAUUGAAACUCCCGAAGAACAAGAAGAUGACAAAACACCUGUUAUCACAGUUCACACUACACAAGAACUCACCGAUGAAACACUUACACCUAUUGAAACACUCCACACACCCGAAAAGGCACACGUUGUCGAAGAGCUCCCAGAAGAAGUUAAAAUAACCGAAGUGAAAACGGAGACUGGUGAUGUCCAAAAGGUUAGAACGACUAAACGGGUCAUUAAGAAGAGACAGGGACCCAGGCAGGAAGUGACAGAGAUAACAACCGAGGAGAAAGAGGGUGAACAACCCGUCACAACUGUUUCCGUGACAGAAGAAGAAACACCGACAGAAGAACAAGUGAAACCGGUUGAAAUGGUAGAAUUGCCAGAGGAGGUCACUGUUGAGGAAAUUGAAACUCCCGAAGGUAAGCCCAAGCAAAAGAAAAUUACAAAACGCAUUAUCAAGAAGAAGGUAGGUCCUAAGGUAGAAACAACACAAAUCACAACAGAACAAGAAGAUGACAAAACACCUGUUAUCACAGUUCACACUACACAAGAACUCACCGAUGAAACACUUACACCUAUUGAAACACUCCACACACCCGAAAAGGCACACGUUGUCGAAGAGCUCCCAGAAGAAGUUCAAAUAACCGAAGUGAAAACGGAGACUGGUGAUGUCCAAAAGGUUAAAACGACUAAACGGGUCAUUAAGAAGAGACAGGGACCCAGGCAAGAAGUGACAGAGAUAAGAACCGAGGAGAAAGAGGGUGAACAACCCGUCACAACCGUUUCCGUCACAGAAGAAGAAACACCGACAGAAGAACAAGUGAAACCGGUUGAAAUGGUAGAAUUGCCAGAGGAGGUCACUGUUGAGGAAAUUGAAACUCCCGAAGGUAAGCCCAAGCAAAAGAAAAUUACAAAACGCAUUAUCAAGAAGAAGGUAGGUCCUAAGGUAGAAACAACACAAAUCACAACAGAACAAGAAGAUGACAAAACACCUGUUAUCACAGUUCACACUACACAAGAACUCACCGAUGAAACACUUACACCUAAUGAAACACUCCACACACCCGAAAAGGCACACGUUGUCGAAGAGCUCCCAGAAGAAGUUCAAAUAACCGAAGUGAAAACGGAGACUGGUGAUGUCCAAAAGGUUAGAACGACUAAACGGGUCAUUAAGAAGAGACAGGGACCCAGGCAGGAAGUGACAGAGAUAACAACCGAGGAGAAAGAGGGUGAACAACCCGUCACAACCGUUUCCGUGACAGAAGAAGAAACACCGAAAGAAGAACAAGAGAAACCGGUUGAAAUGGUAGAAUUGCCAGAGGAGGUCAUUGUUGAGGAAAUUGAAACUCCCGAAGGUAAGCCCAAGCAAAAGAAAAUUACAAAACGCAUCAUCAAGAAGAAGGUAGGUCCUAAGGUAGAAACUACACAAAUCACAACAGAACAAGAGGGUGAUAAAACACCUGUUAUCACAGUACACACCUCACACACACUCACCGAUGAAUUACUCACACCUCUUGAAACACUCCACACAACCGAAACGGCACGCGAAGUCGAAGAGUUGCCAGAAGAAGUUAAAAUAACCGAAGUGAAAACGGAGACUGGUGAUGUCCAAAAGGUUAAAACGACUAAACGGGUCAUAAAGAAGAGGCAGGGACCCAAGCAGGAAGUGACAGAGAUAACAACCGAGGAGAAAGAGGGUGAACAACCCGUCACAACCGUUUCCGUUACAGAAAAAGAAACACCGAAAGAAGAACAAGAGAAACCGGUUGAAAUGAUAGAAUUGCCAGAGGAGGUCACUGUUGAGGAAAUUGAUACUCCCGAAGGUAAGCCCAAGCAAAAGAAAAUUACAAAACGCAUCAUCAAGAAGAAGGUAGGUCCUAAGGUAGAAACUACACAAAUCACAACUGAACAGGAGGAUGAUAAAACACCUGUUAUCACAGUACACACUUCACACACACUCACCGAUGAAACACUCACACCUCUUGAAACACUCCAAACACCCGAAACGGCACACGAAGUCGAAAAACUGCCAGAAGAAGUUAAAAUAACCGAAGUGAAAACGGAGACUGGUGAUGUCCAAAAGGUUAAAACGACUAAACGGGUCAUAAAGAAGAGGCAGGGACCCAAGCAGGAAGUGACAGAGAUAACAACCGAGGAGAAAGAGGGUGUACAACCCGUCACGACUAUUUCCGUGACAGAAGAAGAAACACCGACAGAAGAACAAGUGAAACCGGUUGAAAUGGUAGAAUUGCCAGAGGAGGUCACUGUUGAGGAAAUUGAAACUCCCGAAGGUAAGCCCAAGCAAAAGAAAAUUACAAAACGCAUUAUCAAGAAGAAGGUAGGGCCUAAGGUAGAAACAACACAAAUCACAACAGAACAAGAGGAUGACAAAACACCUGUUAUCAAAGUACACACUUCACACACACUCACCGAUGAAUUACUCACACCUCUUGAAACACUCCACACACAAGAAACGGCACACGUAGUCGAAGAACUGCCAGAACAAAUUAUAAUAACCGAAGUGAAAACGGAGACUGGUGAUGUCCAAAAGGUAAAAACGACUAAACGGGUCAUUAAGAAGAGACAGGGACCCAGGCAGGAAGUGACAGAGAUAACAACCGAGGAGAAAGAGGGUGAACAACCCGUCACAACUGUUUCCGUGACAGAAGAAGAAACACCGAGAGAAGAACAAGUGAAACCGGUUGAAAUGGUAGAAUUGCCAGAGGAGGUCACUGUUGAGGAAAUUGAAACUCCCGAAGGUAAGCCCAAGCAAAAGAAAAUUACAAAACGCAUUAUCAAGAAGAAGGUAGGUCCUAAGGUAGAAACAACACAAAUCACAACAGAACAAGAAGAUGACAAAACACCUGUUAUCACAGUCCACUCUACACAAGAACUCACCGAUGAAACACUUACACCUAUUGAAACACUCCACACACCCGAAAAGGCACACGUUGUCGAAGAGCUGCCAGAAGAAGUUAAAAUAACCGAAGUGAAAACGGAGACUGGUGAUGUCCAAAAGGUAAAAACGACAAAACGGGUCAUUAAGAAGAGACAGGGACCCAGGCAGGAAGUGACAGAGAUAACAACCGAGGAGAAAGAGGGUGAACAACCCGUCACAACUGUUUCCGUGGCAGAAGAAGAAACACCGACAGAAGAACAAGUGAAAACGGUUGAAAUGGUAGAAUUGCCAGAGGAGGUCACUGUUGAGGAAAUUGAAACUCCCGAAGGUAAGCCCAAGCAAAAGAAAAUUACAAAACGCAUUAUCAAGAAGAAGGUAGGUCCUAAGGUAGAAACAACACAAAUCACAACAGAACAAGAGGAUGAUAAAACACCUGUUAUCACAGUACACACCUCACACACACUCACCGAUGAAACACUCACACCUCUCGAAACACUCCACACACCCGAAACGGCACACGUAGUCGAAGAACUGCCAGAAGAAGUUAAAAUAACCGAAGUGAAAACGGAGACUGGUGAUGUCCAAAAGGUUAAAACGACUAAACGGGUCAUAAAGAAGAGGCAGGGACCCAAGCAGGAAGUGACAGAGAUAACAACCGAGGAGAAAGAGGGUGAACAACCCGUCACAACCGUUUCCGUGACAGAAGAAGAAACACCGAAAGAAGAACAAGAGAAACCGGUUGAAAUGGUAGAAUUGCCAGAGGAGGUCACUGUUGAGGAAAUUGAAACUCCCGAAGGUAAGCCCAAGCAAAAGAAAAUUACAAAACGCAUCAUCAAGAAGAAGGUAGGUCCUAAGGUAGAAACUACACAAAUCACAACAGAACAAGAGGAUGAUAAAACACCUGUUAUCACAGUACACACCUCACACACACUCACCGAUGAAACACUCACACCUCUCGAAACACUCCACACACCCGAAACGGCACACGUAGUCGAAGAACUGCCAGAAGAAGUUAAAAUAACCGAAGUGAAAACGGAGACUGGUGAUGUCCAAAAGGUUAAAACGACUAAACGGGUCAUAAAGAAGAGGCAGGGACCCAAGCAGGAAGUGACAGAGAUAACAACCGAGGAGAAAGAGGGUGAACAACCCGUCACAACCGUUUCCGUGACAGAAGAAGAAACACCGAAAGAAGAACAAGAGAAACCGGUUGAAAUGGUAGAAUUGCCAGAGGAGGUCACUGUUGAGGAAAUUGAAACUCCCGAAGGUAAGCCCAAACAAAAGAAAAUUACAAAACGCAUCAUCAAGAAGAAGGAAGGUCCAAAGAAAGAAACUACACAAAUCACAACAGAACAAGAGGAUGAUAAAACACCUGUUAUCACAGUACACACCUCACACACACUCACCGAUGAAACACUCACACCUCUUGAAACACUCCACACACCCGAAACGGCACACGUAGUUGAAGAACUGCCAGAACAAGUUAUAAUAACCGAAGUGAAAACGGAGACUGGUGAUGUCCAAAAGGUUAAACCGACUAAACGGGUCAUAAAGAAGAGGCAGGGACCCAAGCAGGAAGUGACAGAGAUAACAACCGAGGAGAAAGAGGGUGAACAACCCGUCACAACCGUUUCCGUGACAGAAGAAGAAACACCGAAAGAAGAACAAGAGAAACCGGUUGAAAUGGUAGAAUUGCCAGAGGAGGUCAUUGUUGAGGAAAUUGAAACUCCCGAAGGUAAGCCCAAGCAAAAGAAAAUUACAAAACGCAUCAUCAAGAAGAAGGUAGGUCCUAAGGUAGAAACUACACAAAUCACAACAGAACAAGAGGAUGAUAAAACACCUGUUAUCACAGUACACACCUCACACACACUCACCGAUGAAACACUCACACCUCUUGUAACACUCCACACACCCGAAACGGCACACGUAGUCGAAGAAUUGCCAGAAGAAGUUAAAAUAACCGAAGUGAAAACGGAGAGUGGUGAUGUCCAAAAGGUUAAAACGACUAAACGGGUCAUAAAGAAGAGGCAGGGACCCAAGCAAGAAGUGACAGAGAUAACAACCGAGGAGAAAGAGGGUGAACAACCCGUCACAACCGUUUCCGUGACAGAAGAAGAAACACCGAAAGAAGAACAAGAGAAACCGGUUGAAAUGGUAGAAUUGCCAGAGGAGGUCACUGUUGAGAAAAUUGAAACUCCCGAAGGUAAGCCCAAACAAAAGAAAAUUACAAAACGCAUCAUCAAGAAGAAGGAAGGUCCAAAGGUAGAAACUACACAAAUCACAACAGAACAAGAGGAUGAUAAAACACCUGUUAUCACAGUACACACCUCACACACACUCACCGAUGAAACACUCACACCUCUUGAAACACUCCACACUCCCGAAACGGCACACGUAGUCGAAGAACUGCCAGAAGAAGUUAAAAUAACCGAAGUGAAAACGGAGACUGGUGAUGUCCAAAAGGUAAAAAUGACUAAACGUGUCAUAAAGAAGAGGCAGGGACCCAAGCAGGAAGUGACAGAGAUAACAACCGAGGAGAAAGAGGGUGAACAACCCGUCACAACCGUUUCCGUGACAGAAGAAGAAACACCGAAAGAAGAACAAGAGAAACCGGUUGAAAUGGUAGAAUUGCCAGAGGAGGACACUGUUGAGGAAAUUGAAACUCCCGAAGGUAAGCCCAAACAAAAGAAAAUUACAAAACGCAUCAUCAAGAAGAAGGAAGGUCCAAAGGUAGAAACUACACAAAUCACAACAGAACAAGAGGAUGAUAAAACACCUGUUAUCACAGUACACACCUCACACACACUCACCGAUGAAACAUUCACACCUCUUGAAACACUCCACACAACCGAAACGGCACACGUUGUCGAAGAGCUGCCAGAAGAAGUUAAAAUAACCGAAGUGAAAACGGAGACUGGUGAUGUCCAAAAGGUUAAAACGACUAAACGGGUCAUAAAGAAAAGGCAGGGACCCAAGCAGGAAGUGACAGAGAUAACAACCGAGGAGAAAGAGGGUGAACCACCCGUCACAACCGUUUCCGUGACAGAAGAAGAAACACCAAAAGAAGAACAAGAGGAACCGGUUGAAAUGGUAGAAUUGCCAGAGGAGGUCAUUGUUGAGGAAAUUGAAACUCCCGAAGGUAAGCCCAAGCAAAAGAAAAUUACAAAACGCAUCAUCAAGAAGAAGGUAGGUCCUAAGGUAGAAACUACACAAAUCACAACAGAACAAGAGGAUGAUAAAACACCUGUUAUCACAGUACACACCUCACACACACUCACCGAUGAAACACUCACACCUCUCGAAACACUCCACACACCCGAAACGGCACACGUAGUCGAAGAACUGCCAGAAGAAGUUAAAAUAACCGAAGUGAAAACGGAGACUGGUGAUGUCCAAAAGGUUAAAACGACUAAACGGGUCAUAAAGAAGAGGCAGGGACCCAAGCAGGAAGUGACAGAGAUAACAACCGAGGAGAAAGAGGGUGAACAACCCGUCACAACCGUUUCCGUGACAGAAGAAGAAACACCGAGAGAAGAACAAGUGAAACCGGUUGAAAUGGUAGAAUUGCCAGAGGAGGUCACUGUUGAGGAAAUUGAAACUCCCGAAGGUAAGCCCAAGCAAAAGAAAAUUACAAAACGCAUCAUCAAGAAGAAGGUAGGUCCUAAGGUAGAAACUACACAAAUCACAACAGAACAAGAGGAUGAUAAAACACCUGUUAUCACAGUACACACCUCACACACACUCACCGAUGAAACACUCACACCUCUCGAAACACUCCACACACCCGAAACGGCACACGUAGUCGAAGAACUGCCAGAAGAAGUUAAAAUAACCGAAGUGAAAACGGAGACUGGUGAUGUCCAAAAGGUUAAAACGACUAAACGGGUCAUAAAGAAGAGGCAGGGACCCAAGCAGGAAGUGACAGAGAUAACAACCGAGGAGAAAGAGGGUGAACAACCCGUCACAACCGUUUCCGUGACAGAAGAAGAAACACCGAAAGAAGAACAAGAGAAACCGGUUGAAAUGGUAGAAUUGCCAGAGGAGGUCACUGUUGAGGAAAUUGAAACUCCCGAAGGUAAGCCCAAGCAAAAGAAAAUUACAAAACGCAUCAUCAAGAAGAAGGUAGGUCCUAAGGUAGAAACUACACAAAUCACAACAGAACAAGAGGAUGAUAAAACACCUGUUAUCACAGUACACACCUCACACACACUCACCGAUGAAACACUCACACCUCUCGAAACACUCCACACACCCGAAACGGCACACGUAGUCGAAGAACUGCCAGAAGAAGUUAAAAUAACCGAAGUGAAAACGGAGACUGGUGAUGUCCAAAAGGUUAAAACGACUAAACGGGUCAUAAAGAAGAGGCAGGGACCCAAGCAGGAAGUGACAGAGAUAACAACCGAGGAGAAAGAGGGUGAACAACCCGUCACAACCGUUUCCGUGACAGAAGAAGAAACACCGAAAGAAGAACAAGAGAAACCGGUUGAAAUGGUAGAAUUGCCAGAGGAGGUCACUGUUGAGGAAAUUGAAACUCCCGAAGGUAAGCCCAAGCAAAAGAAAAUUACAAAACGCAUCAUCAAGAAGAAGGUAGGUCCUAAGGUAGAAACUACACAAAUCACAACAGAACAAGAGGAUGAUAAAACACCUGUUAUCACAGUACACACCUCACACACACUCACCGAUGAAACACUCACACCUCUCGAAACACUCCACACACCCGAAACGGCACACGUAGUCGAAGAACUGCCAGAAGAAGUUAAAAUAACCGAAGUGAAAACGGAGACUGGUGAUGUCCAAAAGGUUAAAACGACUAAACGGGUCAUAAAGAAGAGGCAGGGACCCAAGCAGGAAGUGACAGAGAUAACAACCGAGGAGAAAGAGGGUGAACAACCCGUCACAACCGUUUCCGUGACAGAAGAAGAAACACCGAAAGAAGAACAAGAGAAACCGGUUGAAAUGGUAGAAUUGCCAGAGGAGGUCACUGUUGAGGAAAUUGAAACUCCCGAAGGUAAGCCCAAGCAAAAGAAAAUUACAAAACGCAUCAUCAAGAAGAAGGUAGGUCCUAAGGUAGAAACUACACAAAUCACAACAGAACAAGAGGAUGAUAAAACACCUGUUAUCACAGUACACACCUCACACACACUCACCGAUGAAACACUCACACCUCUCGAAACACUCCACACACCCGAAACGGCACACGUAGUCGAAGAACUGCCAGAAGAAGUUAAAAUAACCGAAGGACCCAAGCAGGAAGUGACAGAGAUAACAACCGAGGAGAAAGAGGGUGAACAACCCGUCACAACCGUUUCCGUGACAGAAGAAGAAACACCGAAAGAAGAACAAGAGAAACCGGUUGAAAUGGUAGAAUUGCCAGAGGAGGUCACUGUUGAGGAAAUUGAAACUCCCGAAGGUAAGCCCAAGCAAAAGAAAAUUACAAAACGCAUCAUCAAGAAGAAGGUAGGUCCUAAGGUAGAAACUACACAAAUCACAACAGAACAAGAGGAUGAUAAAACACCUGUUAUCACAGUACACACCUCACACACACUCACCGAUGAAACACUCACACCUCUCGAAACACUCCACACACCCGAAACGGCACACGUAGUCGAAGAACUGCCAGAAGAAGUUAAAAUAACCGAAGUGAAAACGGAGACUGGUGAUGUCCAAAAGGUUAAAACGACUAAACGGGUCAUAAAGAAGAGGCAGGGACCCAAGCAGGAAGUGACAGAGAUAACAACCGAGGAGAAAGAGGGUGAACAACCCGUCACAACCGUUUCCGUGACAGAAGAAGAAACACCGAAAGAAGAACAAGAGAAACCGGUUGAAAUGGUAGAAUUGCCAGAGGAGGUCACUGUUGAGGAAAUUGAAACUCCCGAAGGUAAGCCCAAGCAAAAGAAAAUUACAAAACGCAUCAUCAAGAAGAAGGUAGGUCCUAAGGUAGAAACUACACAAAUCACAACAGAACAAGAGGAUGAUAAAACACCUGUUAUCACAGUACACACCUCACACACACUCACCGAUGAAACACUCACACCUCUCGAAACACUCCACACACCCGAAACGGCACACGUAGUCGAAGAACUGCCAGAAGAAGUUAAAAUAACCGAAGUGAAAACGGAGACUGGUGAUGUCCAAAAGGUUAAAACGACUAAACGGGUCAUAAAGAAGAGGCAGGGACCCAAGCAGGAAGUGACAGAGAUAACAACCGAGGAGAAAGAGGGUGAACAACCCGUCACAACCGUUUCCGUGACAGAAGAAGAAACACCGAGAGAAGAACAAGUGAAACCGGUUGAAAUGGUAGAAUUGCCAGAGGAGGUCACUGUUGAGGAAAUUGAAACUCCCGAAGGUAAGCCCAAGCAAAAGAAAAUUACAAAACGCAUCAUCAAGAAGAAGGUAGGUCCUAAGGUAGAAACUACACAAAUCACAACAGAACAAGAGGAUGAUAAAACACCUGUUAUCACAGUACACACCUCACACACACUCACCGAUGAAACACUCACACCUCUCGAAACACUCCACACACCCGAAACGGCACACGUAGUCGAAGAACUGCCAGAAGAAGUUAAAAUAACCGAAGUGAAAACGGAGACUGGUGAUGUCCAAAAGGUUAAAACGACUAAACGGGUCAUAAAGAAGAGGCAGGGACCCAAGCAGGAAGUGACAGAGAUAACAACCGAGGAGAAAGAGGGUGAACAACCCGUCACAACCGUUUCCGUGACAGAAGAAGAAACACCGAAAGAAGAACAAGAGAAACCGGUUGAAAUGGUAGAAUUGCCAGAGGAGGUCACUGUUGAGGAAAUUGAAACUCCCGAAGGUAAGCCCAAGCAAAAGAAAAUUACAAAACGCAUCAUCAAGAAGAAGGUAGGUCCUAAGGUAGAAACUACACAAAUCACAACAGAACAAGAGGAUGAUAAAACACCUGUUAUCACAGUACACACCUCACACACACUCACCGAUGAAACACUCACACCUCUCGAAACACUCCACACACCCGAAACGGCACACGUAGUCGAAGAACUGCCAGAAGAAGUUAAAAUAACCGAAGUGAAAACGGAGACUGGUGAUGUCCAAAAGGUUAAAACGACUAAACGGGUCAUAAAGAAGAGGCAGGGACCCAAGCAGGAAGUGACAGAGAUAACAACCGAGGAGAAAGAGGGUGAACAACCCGUCACAACCGUUUCCGUGACAGAAGAAGAAACACCGAAAGAAGAACAAGAGAAACCGGUUGAAAUGGUAGAAUUUCCAGAGGAGGUCACUGUUGAGGAAAUUGAAACUCCCGAAGGUAAGCCCAAGCAAAAGAAAAUUACAAAACGCAUCAUCAAGAAGAAGGUAGGUCCUAAGGUAGAAACUACACAAAUCACAACAGAACAAGAGGAUGAUAAAACACCUGUUAUCACAGUACACACCUCACACACACUCACCGAUGAAACACUCACACCUCUCGAAACACUCCACACACCCGAAACGGCACACGUAGUCGAAGAACUGCCAGAAGAAGUUAAAAUAACCGAAGUGAAAACGGAGACUGGUGAUGUCCAAAAGGUUAAAACGACUAAACGGGUCAUAAAGAAGUGGCAGGGACCCAAGCAGGAAGUGACAGAGAUAACAACCGAGGAGAAAGAGGGUGAACAACCCGUCACAACCGUUUCCGUGACAGAAGAAGAAAACACCGAAAGAAGAACAAGAGAAACCGGUUGA